AGUACUUUCCUUUGCAGUGCCGUCCCUUGUCUCCUUCGAGCUGACACUCACGCACAUGACGUGUGACACUCAGCACAUGACAUAUUUGGCUUUAAAGUGACGUCACGGCAGCAUGGGCUGAGCAGGCAGGUCGUUCGUCAGGCUGAAGGAAGAGCAGCAGGAGACGGACCAGCCUCCUCUCCUCUCCGAUGACAAGCUUUGAUUUCAUUCCUCAACCUAACUCCGAUGGAAAAACUCUCCAUCUCCAGGAUUCUCCUUAAACGCCCCCCUCCUCUUUUUUUUUUCAGUUGAACCAAUAUUUUUUCUUAUUCACUUAUUUUGUCGUGCUUUACUUCGCCUAACCCUCCGCACCUCUAAAUCCAUGCAGAAAUGUGAGAAGAUUACCAGGACCCCCCUGUCAGCGGUGACUUCUUUCUUCAAUGCUUCAGAGAGCCGAAAAUCCUCAUCCUCCGUCCUCAGUAUCGUGGACGUUCAUCUGCCUUUCAUCAAUGUGGGAGAAGGUGCGCUGACAUUUCAACGGCGAGGAUGCCAACCACACGCCUUGUUUUUGCGCUCUGCUGCUCUCAUCUUUGUCUUUCCAGCAGGAGAGUAAUGACAGAUUUUUGCAAAGGCGAAGUUUGAGGGCAUUUUUGGGGGGUCUCUCGCUUACCUGUCUGCUCUGCUCACACCACCUCAUUCCAUUUAACGGAAAACAAGGAAGAUAACAAGAGCCGGUGACUACUAAGUCCAAAGAGACUUAUUUCUUGUUGUGGUAUAUUUACAGUGGGAUUUGGUGAAGCAGUUGGAGAUAUCUGCUGAGCGCAACGUUAAAGGAUAUGGCAUAAAUAAUGGUUGCGUUACUGACAGCUGGAGGAAGGUCCGUCCCCUGAGUGUUUUUAUCAGAUAUUGUCGACUUUGGUGGAAACCCAUCUAAAUGGGAGGAUACCAGGAGGACUGAUUUGGAAGUCGAGAAAAAUGUGGGUAAAACGGAGUGUUUCGCGCAGGUAAGACAUGAACAAUGUUAUUUAAUAUUGUGGUCAUUUCACUGUUAUCCACUAAUACUCAGCUGAACCAAAAAUAAUCGAUUUUAUUUUCAUGCUGUUUUACAUUUGAUGCUGCGUUUCGAAAGCAUCCUGACUCAGUUUUCUAAUAUACGCCACUGCAAGUUAUGCGAGUCUCCUGAGAUUGAUGACUGAAUUAUAGACAUGUUCUUCAAAACCAAAACUGUUCUUAUAGCCGAUAUGAAUGUCUUUCGUUUAGAUUGACAAUGGUAACGCUGAUGCUUUAUAUUGAUAUGAUUUGUGGUGUUUCAGGGUAGAACAUAACCAAAAAUUACACUUCCUCUACGCUGGGGGUCGCCAACAGUAUGGCACAAGCUUCUCAAGUACGUUCAUCAAAUAACAUACGAGCAGAACCUACAGACAGUUGCGUAUAUACAGCCUGUCUAUCAGCUCCCACACACUUUUAAAGGCAAAUUCAUGCGCCAGAGAAACCCAUAAUUAAAGAGGAAAUGUGUUUGUAAGAUUACAUUUACACGUUCUAGCUCAGUGUAAUUAUGACUGCUUGAGAUAAGUGAAACUCUUUUCAGAUCGUUUUUAAAUUUCAAUAUUUAUUUUAGAGUUUGUGUUGCCCUCCUUAAAAGCAAACAUUAAAAACUCAAAGUGAUAGGUUGUCUUUAUUCAUUAAGAAUUACUUAUCAUCAAUACUAUUUAUAGGGCCUGAGUGUUUUAUUUUAUUCAUUCCCCCCAAAAAAAAUUUGGUGCUUGACAAUGACCGUUAUAACAUCUCAACAAGAACAAUUAUAGUCAUGAUCUAAAGUCAUAGUCAUUAUAUAAAGCAAUAUAUGCGUUAUAAAUAUAAUUUGUUUGAACUUUUUUUCUGCAAAUUAAAGUUGAUUUACAGCACAUCUAUUUGUUUGUUAGCUAAAGAUGUCAAGACACACAGUGAAGUGAGACCAAACCUGCUACCUGCUGGAUUUUGUCUCCACCAUAAGCUCUAAUUUUUGCCCUUUGCAGCCAUACAUUUAUUAUACAUUUAUUAUACUUAAAUCAUACUCAAAACACCAGAGAUGACCUCAUGGGGUCAUGGUGGUACAUGCAACUUGACAGUGUAGUUGUAUAAGAUGAUGAAAUGAAAAUGUUAUUUUGGCCAAACAUUUCAAGAUGGCAUAGUCAUGAGUGAAACCACAUAAUUGGCUUUAGGAAUUUCUAUAUGCAUUGUUGAAAUGGUGUAGGAUGAAAAGCAUUUGUAUAAAAUGACCAUGUUCUGGACUGAAUGUGUUUGUUCCCAGUCAUGAUCAGACAGUAACAGUAUGUAUGGGAUAAAGCCUUGCCUUAAAUGCUAUUUUUGUGUUUAAUUUGGAAUGAUCAAAAUGAGACUUUGGUUUACACACACACACACACACACACACACACACACACACACACACAUACAUAUAUAUGUGUAUGUGUGUGUGUGUGUGUGUAUAUAUAUAUAUAUAUAUAUAUAUAUAUACUGUAUAUUUAUACAUAUAUAUGUGUGUGUGUGUGUGUUUGUGUGUGUGUGAUUUCUCUCCUGAAUAAUGUUUCAAGCUGAAACACGAAUAAAGGUAUGCCCAACUGAAGCUUCAAACUUUAGUGUUUGUAUAAAAGUAAGUAUAAAAAUGAAAAGGAAAAAAUAAAAACAAACAAAGGAAAAAACUGAUACAUCCUCAUUGCUUAAAGAAACAACCUGCUGCUUGCUCCUUGAGUGCAAUACUUUUCAAAGUGGGUUUUACAUAUGGACAACUCUCACAAAGAAAAUAACAUUCGACUUACAGCUAGUGGUUAAGAGAGGCAAUCCAAAAUACAAUUCCAAUCAAAAACAGAUAAUCUCUGCUUAGGGUCAACCAGCACCGAGUCAUCUCUUCUGGGCUCUGAUUCUCCAGGCUCAAUCUUUCAUGGACGUCACACACUUUUAGAUUCCCCAUGGUGAGCACUAAUGUCCCUGAGACACUAAUGAUGCUAUCACAUUAAAGCGCAGUGCAGCUCUCAGAAGGACUUCAUCUGUAAGUUUCCACUGGACUUCAGGAGAAUUGUUAGCCACAGGUAUCUAUUUGGACAUGAGUGUGUUUCAGCUCUCCAGAUGAAAUGGGGGCACGGUAAUUGUUAUGUGUACGAAAAAGACUGAGAAAACACAGUUUGAAAGAGUAUACAAUUUUGCUGAAUGUGACCUACAAAAGCUAAGGCACAAAAUCCUCAUGUCAAUAUUCAUUGUAUUUAGUGCUCUCUCACUCGGACACAGGUGAAAAUUGUUUUCUGUAUAGUCAAAUUCUAAUUAAUAUCGCAGGAUUAAUGAACAAGGUUUCAAAAUGGUUUAAAAAAUUAAGUGUUUUCUCGAAGGGUGUUUAUGACCAGUCAUGUUACUCACAGCUGGUUCCAUCAAGAACUCCCUGGCUAAUUGUGGUUUAUAUUCCUCAUAGAUUACAAUUUAGGUGCCACCUUAAUAGCCUCUAUGAGGUUUAAUACUAGGCCUCUCCUGAGCGUGAUUAACCUAAUUUGCAGCUGGAUUGCUUCUCUGAGAUGCUAUCCUCUGGAGAAGUGUGUGUGUGUGUGUGUGUGUGUGUGUGUGUGUGUGUGUGUGUGUGUGUGUGUGUGUGUGUGUGUGUGUGUGUGUUGUAAACACCCUGUGCUUAGCUGUUGAUCAAAUCCAGAAGGAUCAGAAUAGGCUGUCCCUUUGAAAUAUUAUUACAGACGAAAUUGACAUGUUUGCUGGUUCAGUGAACAAUCCUUGAAGUUCAACCAAGAGAGAGACAAGAGAACAAGAGAGACACUUGUGGUAUGGAAAGGGACAUGGACAGGUGUGAACAAUAAAUGACUUCUCUUUGAAUAGCAUACCAAUUAGCAGAGCAGAGGCAUGGGCAGUUCAGGGACAUCUGUACCAUUAUUUAGUUGAAUCAAACCCCUUUCAGAUCCUGUCAAAUUCAUGUACUGCUUCAGAGUAUAGUGUCAGCAGUCAUCAGCCUGGUUUGGCUUAAUGAUCAGCUUGUUUAAUUUUGGUUUCAUAAAAAGUGUGUUUUAGCUAUUGGGAAAUAGUAUGUUGCUGGAUCAAUACCACCAAGGGAUGCACCAAAAGGAAAAAUCUUGGCCCAAACCGAAAACCGAAAAUGAGAACCAAAGCUGAAAACCGAAAACCGAACUCUGAGAUUAAUUACUAUGCCAUUUGUUAGUACAUUGCAUUUAUGGUUAUGACUGUGGACAAACCUCACUAAAAUCAAGGCAUUGUAUAAAUAAAUAAAUUGAUAUCAAUCUAUAUUAAAUAUUAAAUUAAUUUUACUUUAUGCAAGGUGAGUUUUUAUUUUUUGUGUCAGUGUGUUGCUGCAUGUUCUGUGUUGUUUACACCUCUGGAUGGAGCCCACGAGUCAGGGGCAAAAACAACUUAAAUGUUCUAAUAAGAGAAGAAGUGUGAUAAGCAGUAGAGACUUAUAGAAGAGGUAACAUGCACCACUAUUUUUCUUUUUUUUUCAUAUUUUUGCAAGAGUGGGAGCUGAGCAUGAGUUUGCGUUGCAAUGUUGAUUUCUAUUAAAGUUAUGAAUAAAUGUGAGACGCAGUGAAACUUCUCUAGGUGUUCUCUUGUGUAUUUGGCACCAACAUCUGCUCCUCAUACUCAGAAUGGCGAUCAUAAUGUUUGGAUUUCAGGUGAUAAAUUAAACCUGACUUAGAGAAACUCUUUGCAGGUGCAACCCUGCUUGAAAUUUUAGCAUUCAAUGCUAUGCUAUUCACUAUCUGUGGUUCCACACCCCAGACAUGUUGGCUCUUAUCCAGACAAGUAUACACUGGCGGCAGCUUUUGCUUGGGUCAUCACAACAUCUGUUUCAGCCAUGUUAUUUCGGUGAUAAAAGUCUCUCGGCCGAAAACCGAAAAUGCACUUUUGGGCCAUUUUCAGUCGAAAUUUUUCAGUGGCCAACUUUUUGGUGUAUCCCCAAUACUUCCUGAUGAAAGUGUCUUAUUUAUAUGAGCCCAGGACCUUUCCUACUAACCAGUCAUUUCGAGGCACAGGUAGCAGCUCCUUACAGAUCACUUACCUCAAGAGUAGUUCAUAAAUUAAAUUAUCCUUUGGAAGUUUCUGUUCCCUCCUGGCAAGUGAAUGUGAAUGAAGGAUUGAGCAAAAUAGAACCAACCAAGAACUGUGUUGAUUGGAGCAUUUUCCUGUUUGUCUGAUCCUUCUAUUUCACUAUCACCUUAUUCCCAUGCUCUUUUCAGCCCUGCUCAUCUUUCUGAACAUGUGGGUCGUGUACACUGUACUGGAGGACAUUGCACUUUGGGAGUAAUUAAUGGGAUGACGCAACACCCUUGGGUGUUUAUCUGAGACCACCUCCAAAUUACAGAAUUUUCCUCUAUGAAUCAUGUUUCUCUUUUGGUGCAACGUUUCUUAAAGUACAGCCAUAUAGCAUAUAUUCUGCUGCUAAGCCCUAUGCUGAUAUAUGCUUUUUAGACCACACACUGCCUAGAACAUUUGUAGUUUGCCUAUUGAUUUUGGUUCUUUUUCAGAGAAUUAAACUACAGUGCCCUUCAGAAAACUACCGUUAGAAAGCUGUUCAAUUCAUAUAGUUUGGUCUAUGUUAUAACUCGCUACAUGCAAAUACAGAAGAAACAAUUCAAUCCUUUCAUUGAGGAUUGGAAUAAGAAAAAAUGUACUACUACCACUACUUCAACUACUACUACUACUAGCACUACUGUUACUACUACUAAUAAUAAUGACAAUAUUUCAACUCAUUAAUGACUGUCGAUGUUGGUUAGGGGGUGAGGCAGUCUGAAUCAGUGACCUCAUUUAGCAUCCUAGAGCCCUGAGGGUAGAAGCGCUCCCUGAGCUCUGUAAAUAAUACACAGGGCAACACUUGAGGAGCUAAGUGAUUGCAGUCCUGGUCUAUUUGCUUGAAGUACUUUUUUUAAAAAAUUUUGUUAAGUACAGAACUGCAUCCAGUGUAUUUUCAUUGAAAUGUUUUUCAAGAAAGCAGUACAUGUGAAUAGCCAAACAAAACAAAACAAAAUGAUGCAGUUCUCGGCCCUGAUUGUAUCCACAAUCACAUGGAUUGAUUUUGGUUUAAUACAAUCUUUAUAAGAAUAAGAAUAAGAAUAAGAAGAACUUUAUUGAUCCCCGAAGGGAAAUUCAAUUGUCUGUUGUCUCACUUAAUAUGUCUAUAAAAGUUAUCUAUUAUUUACAUAAGAGUUAUAAAGCCUGAUGGCUGUUGGUACAAAAGAUCUUCUAAAUCUUUAUGUCCUGCAGCGAAGAGAGAGGAGCUGUCCACCACCAUUUGCCCUUUGGUCCAUCAAGGUGUUGUGAAGUGGGUGAUCCAUGUUCUUGAGAAUAGUCUCCACCUUCCUCAGUGUAGAUCUCUCCACCACAUCCUCCACUGAGUCCAGCUUGACUCCUACCACAGAGCCAGCCUUUUUCACCAGUUUGUUAAGACGUCUUGCAUCUUUGUGUUUGAUGCUUCCUCCCCAGCAUACUGCAGUGUAGAACAGCACACUUGCCACCACAGACUGAUAAAACAUCUGCAGCGUCUUACUACAGAUGUCUAUUGAUGGGAGUCUUCUCAGGCAAAAGAGGUGGCUCUGCCCCUUUCUGUAGGUGAAGUCUAGAUUCUUAGACCAGUCCAACUUAUUAUCCAGAUGUACACCUAGGUAUUUAUAUGAUGUCACCACUUCAAUGUCCACUCCACAGGUGUUCACUGGCUGAAGAGGGGGUUUGGAUCUACGGAAGUCUAUGACCAUCUCCUUUGUCUUUGAGGUGUUGAGGAGGAGGCAGUUUUUGUGACUCCAGUCAUUGAAGGCUCUUAUUAGAUCUCUGUAUUCAGCUUCUUGUCCAUUUCCGAUACAUGCCACAAUAGCGGUGUCAUCUGAGUAUUUCUGGAUGUGGCAGGACUCAGUACUGUAUUUGAAGUCUGAUGUGUACAGUGUGAACUGGAAUGGCGCCAGCACUGUCCCUUGUGGAGUCCCUGUACUGCUCAUUAAUGUCCCAGAAACACAGUUCCCCAGCCUGACAAACUGUGGCCUUCCUGUCAGGUAAUCUGCGAUUCAGGAAACACAGGAAGGAUCAACUCCCAUCUCUGUGAGCUUGUCUUUAUAUAUGGUAGGUUGGAUGGUGUUGAAUGCACUUGAAGGGCUCUAUUUUCGUGCCUCGCCGGAGACGUGCCGCAAGCGUGGCGUCAGUCAGAUCCGCCGCGCUGACAAGGCAUUCCCAAGCACAUUUUGGUAUUUUGGUGAGCCGCGCAGCCCGGCGUAAGUAUCCCCCCUCCCUAACUCAGCUCCUCCCAGCAGCUUAAGUCGUAGCGAGGGAGGAGAUAGGGCGGAGAGGGGGUUUAACACAGCCGAGACCUGUUUUCACCAAUCACAUAAGCUCCUCUCCUUGCCUUUAAAUCCGCCACAGGCAAGGCGUAUUACUAUUUUCAUGAAGUAGUUAAAGAGAUCAAGAGAUGUCUUAAGACAGUAAUGCCACAAGAUGGCGACAGAGGGCAGCUCCUCAACAAGUGUCACUGUAAGCGCUGCAUUGGGCGUCCUCCACACUCUCUCAUAUAAGCACAGAUGGGUUUGGUGUGUGUAAUGUUGGACCCACUGGUAGGACAAACACCAUUUUCCACAAAUAAAGACACUCACAUAAAGUUGCAUAUAUUCAAACCUCACGUGACAAAGGUGGGUUGAGCGCACAGAUCACAACCUAAACUCCAAAAAUGGCAUUAAAAUUGGAACCAUGUGUGCGUAAAUGACGCAUCGCGCUCCGUGGCCUGGCUCUUUCUUUCAUAGAUGUUGGCAUAUAAUAUAAAUUUGGCCCACAAAACUGAAUAUUAUAAUAUCCUUAUAUAGGCUUAAAGUAGAAAACGCAUCUGCGCACUGAAACAAAUCAUCUGUGUAGCCGCAGCAGCAGCAAGACGGACAGAGGACACGGAGACGUGUCCAGGUCGAGCUGUGCGAGAAAUAAGAGGAAGAGGAAGAAAGAAAAGGAGGGAGACGAAUUACAUAUCUUGUUAACUUCAUCAUUUGUGUUUAUUUACUAGAUAUUUAAUUUAAUUUGAUGCGGUUUCAGCUGUGUUGAUUCGGUCAGGUUGUGUGUCCAAACGCGUGCCAAACGCGCUCAUCAGAUCAGAUAUAGAUCAGAAUAUAUCUAUAUAUAUCUAAAUGUAUGUGCUGACUCAGAUUAAUAGUUGUUGAUGAUUAUUUAUUGCACUGAAAUGUGCCUGACACUGUGGAAACCUGCCGGUGAGGCAUCAGUGACGUAUGUCGAUACGCCGCAGGUCUACCAAAAUACUACUAGACCAGCUGCGCUCCGCCAUGCACUGAAAGCUGACCAGGUUUGAAUCGGCGAGCUUUCAGCGCACUUUACACGCCGGUGGCAAGCACGAAAAUGUCACUGCGUCCGCUGAUUCUGUCGACACCUCCCCUGCCACGCCACAACGCCCAGCUUGGCGGAUCUCGGCUCGCCUCCGUGCGGCUCAGUCCACGAAAAUACCAAACUGGCCGUACACCGGGCUCUGUCAGACGAAAAUACAACUGCGCGGGGUCCGCCACCCUCCGUCGCCUCACUGGCGCGCACGAAAAUAGAGCCCGAAAAGUCAAAGAACAUGAUCCUCACAUAAACCCCAGGUUCCUCCAGAUGAGACAGGGCACGGUGAAGCAUGUAGAGGACAGCAUUAGCCACUCCAAUGUGUUCUUUGUAUGCAAACUGCAGGGAGUCCAGUUUGUCUUUGACCUCAGACCUCAGAAGGCGUAGAAUCAGCCAUGAUUCCAUGAUGUGUGAAGUGAGGGCCACUGGUCUGUAGUCAUUGAGUUCAGCAGGACAUUUUGUUUUUGGUAGUGGCACAAUGCAGGAUGUUUUCCACAGAGCAGGUACCUGCCCCAGCUGUAGACUGAGGUUGAAGAUCUUGUGAAGAGGCUGACACAGUUCUGCAGCACAGUCUCUAAGCAGCCUUGGAUACACACCAUCUGGACCAGCUGCUUUCCCAGGACAAAGUCUUCCAAGCUCCAUCCUCACCCCUGUUUCAGUGACAGACAAGGACUGGUGUUCUAGGAGGGAGGCAAUUGAAGUGGUUGAGACAUUUGAAUGAGAUGGAGGAGGAAGGGAAGAAGUUGUAGUGGAGUUUUGUUGUGGAGAGGAAGGUGGAGUAGCAGUGGAAGUGGGAGUGAUAGCAGUGUAAAAUCUGUUGAAGAACAGGUUGAGUUCAUCAGCUCCUUUCACAUCACCCACCACUGGCUGUCUUUUCUUUUGACUGUUGUGUCCAGAGAUGGUACUGAAUUCUCUCCACACUUCACGGAUGUUGCUGUGUUGUAGAUUAUUCUCUAUCUUCUUUUUGUACUCCAGCUUUGCCAUCUUCAGUCUCCUCUUCAACUCUUGUUUCACUCAUUUGUCACCAUCUUUAAAAGCUUUCUUUUUCUGGUUAAGGAUUGCUUUUAUGUCUCUUGUAAUCCAGGGUUUGUUGUUGGGGAAACAGCGAACAGUUUUUGUGGGUAUAACUGUGUCUCUACAGAAGUUGACAUAAUCAGUAAAGCAGUCAACCUGUUUAUCAAUGUUCAUACUAUCAACAUCUGUUUCCAGCAGCACAUUCCAGUCUGUUGAUUUAAAACAGUCCCUUAGAGCUUCACUGGCUUAGGGUGUCCAUCUUCUUAUUUUGACUUUGGUCACCGGCUGCCUCAGUACACAAGGUCUGUAACAGGUUUGUAGAUAGACCAAGUUAUGAUCUGACUUGCCCAGUGGUCGUAAGGCAGUGGCUCUGUAGGCUUCUUUGACGUUGGCAUACAGCAGAUCCAGGGUUUUGUUUUCUCUGGUAGGACAGUUCACAAACUGUGUGAAUCCAGUCAGGUGAGAGGAGAGGGUGACAUGGUUGAAGUCUCCCGAUAUUAAUAUUAGUGCCUCAGGGUGUUGAGUCUGUAGCCUGGCAACACUAUUUUGCAAAACAUCGCAACAUUAUUCAGUUGAUUUGGGUGGAAUGUAAACAACUACUGUUAUGAUAUGACUAAAUUCUCUUGGAACAUAAUAUGGCCGAAGAGCAACUGCCAACAGUUCAAUAUUGAUAUUGAGCCUGUAUUAAAAAAAACAACUUUCCUUUCAUAAAACCUCUGCAAAUAAAACCAGUGAGGGACCAGCAGAAAUCAGCCCAUAGGUCAUCCAGCAGCUUAAAGAUGGCAUUGCUAAAUGGACGAUAUGUCUCUUCUAUAUUUAUUUCUGACAGUCCAAAAAUGUUCACAUGCACAGAAGAUUAUUUCUCUCAGUUGCCUGUCAUUGACCGCAGCCGUUUGUGUGUAACUUUGUGCCAGUUUGCACCUGCCUUUCCAACAUGUUAAAUAUACAUGUAAAACCAGUUCUUUAAUGUAAACCUACAACAUAGGAAUCAAAUAACGCGUGAUGGUGCAUGCCCAAGAACACUUUGCUAAUUUGGUGAGCGGUGCAGCUCGGUGCCAGUACACCCCCUUCUUCUCAGGAAUUAUGGUCGAUUUUAUAGAUGCAAAGGUGCAAAAAUGAACUACAAGAAGACAGAAUCAACCUGGCAGCCUCUUGCGGGAUUUAUUGUAGUUACAGCAUCAACCACAGCUCAGGACAAUCAGGCGGACAGCAACAGCCAAAGAAUCCCCAACAAUUUAUACACUCCAAUGACGUCAGUAGUUGUUCUUAUCUUCGCAUAAGUGGCCUUCACAUUUGUAUCUGAUAGACAACAACGUGACUUCUUCUGUAAACAUGUUUUGCUCGCUGGCUGGUUUAAAUUAAGCAGACGUUCUUUUUCUCAAAUCUAUUGUCUAUCAUUUGCCCCCACAGAAUGGGCAUAACUAAUAAAUAAUCGAUUGAUUGAUCAUUAAAAAUUACGUUGAUCAUGCAAAAUUUCAAUAGAUCUAACUUCAUUUAAAAAGGGCUGACAGUAUGUGUCCAUCCUCUAGCUGCUUUCCAACAAAGAGCAACUUCUGUUGAUCGUGAGGGAUACCAUCUUUGUCCAGUCAGUGUGUGUGUGUGUGUGUGUGUGUGUGUUGAAGCAGUGCAGUGACUGUCACCGUAUGGAAGGAUAUUGAAAAAAACAUGAGGAACGCAAGAUUAAGUGUGGUGUGGGACCAUGAGGUGAUGAGGUUUGCUGCAGACACUGCGAUGCUACGUACAAGUACAACAUGACAACAAUCCCAAAGAUGUUCCACCUGAACCACAUACAUCCAACUGAGGUUAAUGAAUCCUCCAAGUACUCUCAGUCUCACCCUACCAUUAGCUCCUUGUUAGCAGUGUCUUGUGACCAGACAUCCUGAUUUCAGUGGGCAGUCCCUGUUUUGACUGCCCCAUGGAGAGGGAAAGUUGUUCUCUUACUGCUGUCUUUGUAUAAGUGUAAAAAACGGGGUAAGAACAGUCCAGACCAGAGCAUUUCUGAAAUAAGAUUGAGGGCUCUAUUUUUGUUCCUCACCGGCAUCGUAACACAGGCACAGCAUAAGUCAUGUUUGCCACACCAAUGAGGCACGCCCAAGCACACUUUGUUUUAUUUUAGUGAGCAGCACAGCCUGGCGCAAGUACUCCCCCUUCAGCGGACAUACCCCAUUUUGGAUGGCCUGUCCUCAGUUAAAGUUGUCCCUGGAAAAGUCCCAGAUUUUAGCGUUUCAUGAAUGAGUAAAAAAAGUAGUGCACAGUCAUGAACAACAGUGACAGGGGAGUUUUGAUGAGGAAAAACCUGUUUUUUGUUAUUUAAAAAAUCAUUAAAAAACGAUCAAAAUUGAUGAUUAAUUAUUAAUUUAUGUAGUGCAAAUGGGAAAAAUGCAGGGGGGAAGGGAUGAAGUGGGCAUAACACAGCCGAGUCCAAAGUUGCAACAUGCAGAUCGGCAUUUAUCAAUCUGCACAUGAGCACAUGCUAUGACCAAAUCCCAUGACAGGUCUGACAUCGUGUACGCAAGUUCGAGUCAGUGUGGAUCUGCGGUGCAGCAAAUGUCUGUCUCAAAAUUAUUGAUAUACAAACGUCAAAACUGUAAUUAAGCACAAUCAGCCAAAUUUUAAUUAAGGAUUAAGACGUAAAUAAAACAAAAUAAGCUAAAUUUGUUAUGUCCUUAGUGAAUAGGCCUGUUUGAUAACUCUGCAGAAACACUGCCACAGAGCAGGAGCACCGUUUUAACAUUGGGCACACACGCCACUGUGGAGCGCUGCUUUUGACUCCUAAAAGGCAGGUGUCUCUGUCUUGGCCCAGCAGCGGGGACGUUGUUGUACACUCCUGAAAGGGUGUGGGACAUCAUUUGAGCCAGUACAGUUUUGCACAAUGUUGCACCAGCGAAUGGAGUGUUCUUGGCUGUGCCGGUGCAACGUGAUAAUUAUUUUUUUUCAGCUUCUGUCAGACUCUACAGUCCGCUCUACAUUACAAAGACGCAACAAAUAAAAACUAAAUACUUUAUAUAAUAGGAGCAAUGUCAUAAAAGCUAUGUCACGGCAAUAAAAAAACAUGAGGCAUGUAUGAGAUAUUAAUUUAUCAUCAUGAGCAACUUAUUGACUAAUGAUUUAUUAAAACUAUUAAAACUGACAGCCACUGUCAGCUAUUCUGCGGCAGCGCUGUUCACCGCCUCCAUAAUCCUGCUCCAGACAGGAGUUUUCUGGACUACUUUUAUACCAGUUUUGAUGCUUCCAAAGAGCAAAUCCUUGUUAGUUUCCACCACAGACACGAGAAUAUCCGCUUUCAGCUCGAAAAGUUUCGAAUCUUUCUGAUAUUUCUACUCUUUCAUGUUUGACCUUAGUGGCCGAGGCUUCAGAACCACGAAUAUUUAAGGGCGUGACAUGUUAAUGACGGUCGAUUUCAGCCGCCGAAUUUAUCAAGACCCGAUCAUAUGUACGCUGAGAUUGGUCACAUACGAACCCUUUCAUAAAUCCCACGUGUGUCCUAUCCUACUAUGAAUCCUGCGCUCAGAUCUGCGCUCAGUUCUAUGCAAAAUUGAUAAAUGAGGGCCAUUGUCUCCCCUCCUCACCUUUAAAUGUGUCACUGGCAAGGUAUAUAGCAAAAUCCGUGACGUAGUCGAGGAGAUGACUGAGAGCAGCAAUGCCAGACAGUGGGGUCUAGAGGCAGCCCCUCAAAACGUGUUGGGCUAAACACGUCCUCUAGUGCCCCCCCCCCCCAUGUCGUAUCCUCUACACCCCCUCAUAUAAGCACAGAGGGAUUUGGAGUGUGCAAGGUUGUUUCCAGGGGUAAGACAAAUAUUCUUUACUACAAAUAAAGACACUCACAUCAAACUGCAUAUAUUUAAAUCUUACGUGACAUAAGUGGGUCCUGUGCACAGAUCACUCCAUAAACAACUGCUAUGCAUAAAGGCUUUGAAAUCAGAACCACCUGUGGGUAAAGGGUGCACCAUGCUCCGCGGCAUUGCGUUUGUGUUCCACGAAUGUUUGCAAGUGAAAUGUUCUUGGCUCAUGCAAUUAAAAAAUUAUAAUAUUGGCAUGGAGGCCUAACUCACAGGAAUGUGAAAACUUUAGAUAAACGGUUUAUUUUGAAGAAAGUGUCUUUUGUUGUUUAGUUCACAUUUUUCAAAUGGAUCACUCAUUUGAUCACUUAAAUAAUUUAUCUGGUCAGCCUUGGCAGCCCCACCGCCACUGGUGUAUGAAUGUGAGUGUUGUGUGGUGGUGGUCGGAGAGUCCGUAGGCGCAAACUGGCAGCCACAUUUCCGUCAGUCUUCCCCAGGGCAGCUGCGGCUACGCUAAUUUACCACCACCAGGGUGUGAUUGUGUGAAAGAAUGAACAUUGUAUCCAAUAUAAAGCGCUUUGAGGGUCUCUGAUACAGUGCUAUAAAAAUCUGGUGCAUUACUAUUAUUAUUUUUGUUAUUAUUAUUAUUAUUAUUAUUUUUAUUAUUAUUAUUAUUAUCAUCAUCAUCAUCAUCAUCAUCAUCGUGUAACUAUUUAUUGGAUAUUUAAUUUAAUGCAGUUUCAGCUGUAUUAGUUAGGUCAGGGUGAGUAUCCAUUACAUUUGCCAAAUGUACAUGCUCAGCCAUCAGAUCAGAUAUAGAUCAGUUUAUAUCGAUAUAAAGCUUAAUGUAUGUGCUGUCUCUGAGAGGUGCACUGAAUAUCGGUUUUCGUUGAUUAUUUAUUGCACUAAAAUGUGCCUGACACUGGAAACCUGCCUGUUAGGUAUUGGUGACAUGUGCAUACUGCUCCGUGGUCUACAAAUUGUGAGGAUUUUUGCCUCAGGUAAUGGAGGCAGUUGGCAGCUUUAAGAUAUUUUAUUGAAGACUAGACAGAUAUGGACGGGAGCUCCGAGGUCCAUGUAGUGAAGGAGAUCUGUGGUGAGGAGUGGGGAGGCAGAGUGAGGGCUUGUGAGAGAGUGUGGCAGUCGAGGCAGAGGUUGGGCAAUGCUGGUGGUGAGCGGAGACACUGGAGGAGAAAAGGAGGAAAGUGGAGGUAAGUCACAGAUACUUCUCAAACACAGGUAAAGAUUAAUCAGUCACAAUCUCUUUACAAGAGACUGGCCAAGAUACCGAGACACUAGCCAAGACACUAAGAAAGCUGGAAUCCUCAGGGGCCUCAUGUAUCAACGCUGGCGGCGCCAGAAAACCUUGCGUCCGCCAAGAUCGGCGCACACGUCCAGAUUUAUCAUCGCGACAUGAGCGUCGGUUCCAGCGCUAAUCAACGCAAAGUGAGGAGGUGGUGUAGAAGUUGGCCGAUACUUGCAUUGACGGCACUUUGGCGACGCUGUGUGGCGGUGUUUGGUGACUCACUAUGUGACAAGCGUGCACCACAUCCCCGUGGCCGAGCAGCACGUCGCCCCAAAUGACGAACCAGCAGCAGACGGAGGGAUGAGAGCUGAUCCCUGCCGGGCCGCCGUCCUCGCGCGGGAGAAUCUCAUCGCCACAGUGUGAAUGGGUAAGAAGUGAAUACACAGUUCAAUGAGCCAAAUUAAUUUAUUUUCGCCACCAGACGCUCAAGGACAUUUACGAGCCGGUCCAGCCGCUCGUUGAUCCCCGCGAUCCCCCUGAUGAUUUCUUCCUGCGAUUACAGGACCGCCUCCAUGAGGACCCUUCCACUGCGUCCGGGUGGUCCAGCGGAAGCGCCGCGGCUGGUGGACGCUCCACCGAUUGUCGGCGCGCUGGUGCUGAUGCUGGUGCUGGGGCCGGGGUGGCCCGAAUGCCGCUGUUUUUUUUUUAAAUCUCCGCGGGGGUGCGUGUCUCGGAACCCACCGCGUUCACCCUCUCGCAAACUUUCUCCCACUCCAAGCGUUUUCGUUUUGCACUGACGCCACUGGACAGGCUGCCAAACAAAACACGCUGUCGCUCCUCCACCUCCGCCACCAGCACCUCCACCUCGCAUGCCGUAAAUUUCCUUUUUUCUUGUCAUUUUGUCUGCGUGCGAGGACAGGGAGACCCUAUUUAAAUAAAUCUGCAUAUUUAUAGGAGGGCAUAACGGGGGCGGGCCCGGUCACUCCGAUAUCUGCGCUCAAUUCCAAGCUGAUUGGGAUUUAUCAAGGAAACACACGUGGCUUUCGGCGCCCGCACACCUUGAUACAUACGGAUUUUUUUCAGCGUGACGGACCUUGCGUGCGCUCGUUUCUGGUAUGAGUCCCACGCAAGUGUUGAUACAUGAGGCCCCUGGCGAUCUGCAGUCUUCCAGGCAGAACUUAAAAGCAGGUGGUGAUGACAUGAUCGGGUGCAGGUGUGAAUGUGCAGGAGGAGCCAGUGCUGAUUAGGAGCUGCCCAACCUCUGUAAAGGGGUAGAGAGACUACACAUACAAAAGCCGAGUCCACACAGAGUAAUCAUGACACAAAUUUUCUACUUGACCAGCUGCACUCUACCUGCCAGCUUGGAUUCUGUGAGCUUUCAGUGCACCCUCUGUGUCACUAACGGGCACCAAAUUGUCAAGGUGACAGCUGAUUCUGUCCACACCUCCCUCUACUGCGCCACCACACCCAAAUUGGUAAAUCUCGGUGCGCUUAGUCUAUGAAUUUUACCAAAGUGGCUGUGCAUGGGGCUGCGCCACACUUCACUACUACUGUGCAAGGUGCGCUACCCUGCGCCACUGGCUGGCAUGUAAUUAGAGUUCAGUAUCUUAAGCUAGCACAGUGCUGAACUCAGUGGUGAACUCGUUAAGCAGUGGUGUGGUGUAAUGAGCUGCUGUGAAAGCUGUAGCUUGGUGAACACAGGUGUGUCUGUGUGGAUGAGUGGAGACAGAAUAGAAUAUUCCUUUAUUGAAUAUUCCUUUAUUGAUCCCCCAUGGGGGGAAUUUUUUUGUCACAGCAUAAAAGAAAAGAUAUAGAAAAGGGAAAAGGGAAAAGAAAAGAAAAAUAAAACUACAUACAAUAUACACAAUUUAAGUACCAGAAAAAAAGUGGUGGUGUGAGUCCAGUUUUUUUGCAGUUCGUUGUAAAGCAGAAGGGAGGAACAGGUGUGUUAAUGAGGGAGACUCUGGUGAUGAAGUUUAUACUGUUAAUACUGAUGUGUACAUCAGAUUGCUGCUCUGUGUGUGUGUGCGCGCAUGUACAUAACGUUGUGAAGGAUCCACGGUGUGUGAGCAUCUCUCUCUAUAGUGACUGAUCGUCACCGAUGGGUCGAAGCAGGACGCUUGUCGUGCUUGCUUGGUCAUUUGAGUGGCUUGGGCAAAAUAUUAGGCUUAUUGACGCGCUGAUUCUUGAUGAAGUAGGCUGUAAAUUGGUCUAUAUCCAACCGCUUGAGACUCUGCUACAUCUCCUUUGCACUCAUAGCCAGGCUGUUUCCAUAUCUCUCCCACAAGCAUCUUUAUUUCCUGACUAUCAAGAGCAGCCUGAGAUAUGUUUGCCGUGGUGUCAAUAAAUAGGAUGCUGACAGAAACUUCUGUUUUUGCCAUAGUGUAAUAGUGGAAAGGUAAAAUGUGUUGGACUACUCCCCGUGGAUAGAUUUGAUACAUGUGUGGUGAAGUUGUCCCUGGUGUUGCUUUUGAGAAUUAAUUGCUGUUGUUAAGAGGUUUUGACAAGACAGAAUUAAGAAGGGAAAAUAAUUUUGUAAUACAUAUUCAAGUGCCAGUGACCUUUUCAAAACUUCCUUUAUUGUGUGUGGUAAUCUUUAGCCUGCUCUUAUAGCAUAUUAACGUCUGUGUAAAUAUGCCAUACCUCAUUGGCUGAUUUUUGUGCCACUAGAAACUGAAAUUGAAUAAAUAUAUUUAAUUUGAAAAGCAGGAUCUGAAAUUGAAAUGAAUGUUUUAAAGCUGAAUUUAUUUGAUUUGCAAUUGAAAUUUAUUUUGAAAGUGAAUUUAUCUGCUUUUGAAUUAUAUUUUAACCUACAGGAAAAAUUCAACUCUCUAUCUUCCUUAAAUAUAAAAAUAAAAUAUUCAAUUUCAGUUUGCACAAUUCAGAUUCAGUUUUCAUUUCAGUCCAGUGUGGCACAGCCAUUACAUCAUCCAUGUCCAUGAGGAAGAGCAAUCGAGCACAGAUUCACACAACUCCUACUCAUGUCUGCCAAAACUCCUUUAUGGUCUGUGGCUUCACAGAUAUAUAUUCACCUACUCCUUAUCCCCUAUCAGUGUACUGUAAUUAGUGGCCAAUCCUAGUGGAUGAGCAUUGUAACAGCUGUUUCAAGACUAAAAUACCUCACUCUGCCUUGUUUUUAACGUAUGCUAGGUUUUUAUUGAGUGUUACACAUAGACUGUAUAUAGUAUGAAUAAAUCUAGUCUUAAGUAAAAAUAUUAUAAUGCAUUAUUAUGUUCUAAAUACAGUCUAUGGUGUUACAUAUUUGGAAAUGUCUUUACGUAGUUUUGGUUUGCACAGUUGUAAUGAAAACCACAGGACCUCAUCACCAGCAGAUAAACAGGUCCACAUCCUGUGCCACAACUGCCAGAAUUAGCAGUUUUAACUAGAAAAUUUUCUCUGGAAAAAUUUUGAAAAGACCACAGGGGCUACUGCCGGGAUGUGUACAUUAUGAUGAGAUUCUUCAUGGGUUUCAAAUAAUUAGGGCCACAGGGCAAAUGCAAUGAGGCACUAGUCCCUUUACAAAAAUAAAGAAGCCAGUGCCCCAGGGUGAGACAUUCGAAACACUCCAAUAGUUACUAUUUCGGUCCUAUUUUCAUGCCUGCCAGUGUCGUGGUGCAGGGUGGUGCACCCCACACAGUGGAAUUUUAGUGCAGCACAACUUGGCAUGCAGCCACUUUUGUAUUUUUGUAGACUGAGGCGCACCAAGACACGCUAAGCUGGGCGUGGUGGCACAGUAGUCCUGUGGUCCAGUAAGUUAUACAACAGCGCUUUGUUUGGGUUAAUAGGUUUAAAUUUAAUCGGUUAUUUUUUUAUAAUCUUGAAUUAUGUUUAUUUUUAGGUAAUUACAGUUACAGUAAAAGUUUUUUUUUUUUUUCCAAAUGAUUUGCUUGAACCGAGUGGUUGCUGCAAGUCUGGUCUCUCUGUAUUAUCUGUAAUUUUUGUAAUUUAUGCUAGAUUUUUUUCAUAUUUUUGUCGUAAUUUUGUUGGCUGCUGAUGGAUACUUCUGCUGGGCGAAGAGUUUACUCAAGAGAAGAGCUCCUUUCAUUCAAGGAAAAGCAAAUCUGGGCAACAACAUACAAUUCCAGAGGAUAUCAGGAGGUGUUAUCGUGGUUGCCGUGCUGGUGCAAAGGUGAAGGCAAAGCUGAAUGCUAGGAGGUGGCGAUAUAAACCCUUUCUUCCAUCAAUCAUCAUGGGAAAUGUCAACUCUCUGCCCAUCUUGUUCAAAUGUCUCAACCACUUCAACUGCCUCCCUCCUAGAACACCAGUCCUUGUCUGUCACCGAAACAGGGGUGAGGAUGGAGCUUGGAAGACUUUGUCCUGGGAAGGCAGCUGGUCCAGAUGGUGUGUGUCCAAGGCUGCUUCGAGACUGUGCUGCAGAACUGUGUCAACCUCUCCACAAGAUCUUCAACCUGAGUCUACUGCUGGGGCGGGUACCUGCUCUGUGGAAAACAUCCUGCAUUGUGCCAGUACCAAAAACAAAAUGUCCUGCUGAACUCAGUGACUACAGACCAGUGGCCCUCACUUCACACAUCAUGAAAACCCUGGAGCAGCUGAUUCUACGCCUUCCGAGGUCUGAGGUCAGAGACAAACUGGACUCCCUGCAGUUUGCAUACAAAGAACACAUUGGAGUGGAUGAUGCUGUCCUCUACAAGCUUCACCGUGCCCUGUCUCAUCUGGAGGAACCUGGGGUUUAUGUGAGGAUCAUGUUCUUCGACGUUUCAAGUGCAUUCAACACCAUCCAACCCACCAUACUCAAAGACAAGCUCACAGAGAUGGGAGUUGAUCCUUCCUGUGUUUCCUGGAUCACAGAUUACCUGACAGGAAGGCCACAGUUUGUCAGGCUGGGGAACUGUGUUUCUGGGACAUUAAUAAGCAGUACAGGGGCUCCACAGGGGAUAGUUCUGACUUCAAAUACAGUACUGAGUCCUGCCACAUCCAGAAAUACUCAGAUGACACUGCUAUUGUGGCAUGUAUCAGAAAUGGACAAGAAGCUGAAUACAGAGAUCUAAUCAGAGCCUUCAGUGACUGGAGUCACAAAAACUGCCUCCUCCUCAACACCUCAAAGACAAAGGAGAUGGUCAUAGACUUCCAUAGAUCCAAACCCCCUCUUCAGCCAGUGAACACCUGUGGAGUGGACAUCAAAGUGGUGACAUCAUAUAAAUACCUAGGUGUACAUCUGGAUAAUAGGUUGGACUGGUCUAAGAAUAUAGACUUAAUCUACAGAAAGGGGCAGUGCUGCCUCUUUUGCCUGAGAAGACUCCGUUCAAUAGACAUCUGUAGUAAGAUGCUGCAGAUGUUUUAUCAGUCUGUGGUGGCAAGUGUGCUGUUCUACGCUGCAGUCUGCUGGGGAGGAAGCAUCAAACACAAAGAUACAAGACGUCUUAACAAACUGGUGAAAAAGGCUGGCUCUGUGGUUGGACUCAAGCUGGACUCAGUGGAGGAUGUGGUGGAGAGAUCUACACUGAGGAAGGUGGAGACUAUUCUCAAGAACAUGGAUCACCCACUUCAUAACACCUUGAUGGACCAAAGGGCAAAUGGUGGUGGACGGCUCCUCUCUCUUCGCUGCGGGACAGAAAGAUUUAGAAGAUCUUUUGUACCAACAGCCAUCAGGCUUAACUGUAGUGGCACCAAACUUCCACUGGAGACCGAACUUCUUCUCUAGUUUACACUUCAGCAAUACUCUAUAGUCUCCUCCUGAAAAUACCACCACUAAAACAUUGACAACAUAAUCAUGUUAACUUUUCUGCCUCCUCAUUUGAAGUUUUUCUUGUUGAUGAAAAGACUGAUCAACUUGAAAGUUCUACUCUUUUAUUGCAAGCUCAUUGCUUACACCAGGGCACCUAGCAAAUCAUGUGCUGAGCAUGCAGGGGCUGUGAACAUGCCUGCUGUGGGGCUACAAUUGUGGACUAUCGAGCAUUGAUGCUAAAGGUAGGGAGGGUUUGGUAAAGGUGUGGGUGGUAGCUUUUCAGUGCUUGCAUUGCAGUUCUUAGUGGCACAUCAGUCAGGUGCUCUUACUGCCUUUAGCCCCUUGAGCCAACACAUGCUGGCAGGGUGGGUUCUGUGCACCUGGAAUGCAUUUAUUGACAGCUUACCCAACCCACUGAGGAUUUAAGCAUUUUGCUAAAUUUUCCAUCAAAAAAUGAAGGAUACAUACAGUGAAAUGGCCACAAUUUCUUUUCUUUUCUUUUUUUUUUUCCUGCAAUGUUUCCGGUAGAGCAGACCCUCUAAUUAUGGGUUCUUAGGGUCAGAAUUAACAGAAAAAACACAAAUCAGGUUCUACCCAUUUUUGAGACUUGGGCUCCCCAACAAUGUUAACUGUUAAACUGCUAUACUUACAGCAUAUGUACAGAAAGAGUUGGAAGUGUCGUUGUCAUUAAACAAUUGUAUAUCAUGCUGAGUUAUAUGGCUGUUACAGAACACUAUCUUGGUAGAGUUUUUUUAUACAUGAGUAGUUGCUGCAAAGCUGCCAGUUUGCUUUCAUUUUUUAUCUAUUUUUUUUGUCCUACAGAGAUCAUUAUAAAGUUGUGAAGGAAAUAAUUCUACCAUCUUUUUUUGUUCCUAAAGGUUCUUAACAUUGGAACUGAAGUUCCGGCAAUAACUUAAUAUGUUCCAUAUAAUUGUGUACCCAGGUGCUCACAUAUGAAGUUGGUUAUUAGAUUUAUUGUUGUUCUGCGUGAACAGUGGUAUUGAUGUUGGCUGAACUGUAGUAGAUCAAACUAGUAGAUAAAUGAUAGCUUUAAGGCAGGCACUCUUUCACAGUCCUAUAGUUCCUUGAUUUCAUCACAUACUGAGUUAUGGAAGGCCAAUACAGCCAUUAUCAACAGUAUGACACAUUUAUCAAUGAUGAAUUUGAACUUGUUUAUCUAGCGGUUUCUUUUGAUGGCUCAAAGUGCUUUGAAUGAUACUGUAUUAUAUUACAGUUAAGAUAUACACUCACCGGCCACUUAAUUAGGUACACCAUACUAGUAACGGGUUGGACCCCCUUUUGCCUUCAGAACUGCCUCAAUUCUUCGUGGCAUAGAUUCAACAAGGUGCUGGAAGCAUUCCUCAGAGAGCUUGGUCCAUAUUGACAUGAUGGCAUCACACAGUUGCCGCAGAUUUGUCGGCUGCACAUUCAUGAUGCGAAUCUCCCGUUCCACCACAUCCCAAAGAUGCUCUAUUGGAUUGAGAUCUGGUGACUGUGGAGGCCAUUUGAGUACAGUGAACUCAUUGUCAUGUUCAAGAAACCAGUCUGAGAUGAUUCCAGCUUUAUGACAUGGCGCAUUAUCCUGCUGAAAGUAGCCAUCAGAAGUUGGGUACAUUGUGGUCAUAAAGGGAUGGACAUGGUCAGCAACAAUACUCAGGUAGGCUGUGGCGUUGCAACGAUGCUCAAUUGGUACCAAGGGGCCCGAAGAGUGCCAAGAAAAUAUUCCCCACACCAUGACACCACCACCACCAGCCUGAACCGUUGAUACAAGGCAGGAUGGAUCCAUGCUUUCAUGUUGUUGACGCCAAAUUCUGACCCUACCAUCCGAAUGUCGCAGCAGAAAUCGAGACUCAUCAGAUCAGGCAACGUUUUUCCAAUCUUCUAUUGUCCAAUUUCGAUGAGCUUGUGCAAAUUGUAGCCUCAGUUUCCUGUUCUUAGCUGAAAGGAGUGGCACCCGGCGUGGUCUUCUGCUGCUGUAGCCCAUCUGCCUCAAAGUUCGACGUACUGUGCGUUCAGAGAUGCUCUUCUGCCUACCUUGGUUGUAACGGGUGGUUAUUUGAGUCACUGUUGCCUUUCUAUCAGCUCGAACCAGUCUGGCCAUUCUCCUCUGACCUCUGGCAUCAACAAGGCAUUUCCGCCCACAGAACUGCCGCUCACUGGAUAUUUUUUCUUUUUCGGACCAUUCUCUGUAAACCCUAGAGAUGGUUGUGCGUGAAAAUCCCAGUAGAUCAGCAGUUUCUGAAAUAUUCAGACCAGCCCUUCUGGCACCAACAACCAUGCCACGUUCAAAGUCACUCAAAUCACCUUUCUUCCCCAUACUGAUGCUCGGUUUGAACUGCAGGAGAUUGUCUUGACCAUGUCUACAUGCCUAAAUGCACUAAGUUGCCGCCAUGUGAUUGGCUGAUUAGAAAUUAAGUGUUAACGAGCAGUUGGACAGGUGUACCUAAUAAAGUGGCCAGUGAGUGUAGAUUCCAUUCAUAUUAACAAAUCCAAUUUACACAUUUAUGGUACAAAACCAGGGGAGGUUUGAGGUGAAGUACCUUGCUAUAAGCCACUUCAACAUGUAGACAGCAAAAUCUGGGAUCAAAUCCCUGACCUUUAGAUAUAGAGCUGACCACCUCUCAAAGCAAUAUUAAUGUGAGAGGGAAAGUUUGCCAUUGCUGGGUUUUUCUUUAGUGGCAGAAGACUGCAAUACUGGCAGUCUUCCACACAUCCCUUUAAACCCCACCUCACAGGUGUGACAGGUUAGUAUCGGGAGCCAAGAAUUUGACAGUUUGAAAGAGAGACCUCACUAAUCCCUCACAUGCUGGAAGCUUGGUCUAAUUUCUGCUCUAUACAAACUUAAGACACUGAAUUUUCUAAAAAUGCUACACUCUAAAAAUUGACAAUCCACAUUUGUGGUGUGUUCACCAACUCUGUAUUUGACCUGAUAUUUUUCCCAGUACGUCAAGUCUCUGCAUAACAUCACCUUCUCAAUAACUCGAAAAGGCAGUUGCUUGUCUUCUAUUUAGCCCAUUGGAGCAGUUAAGACUGAAGUUGUCAGCAUACCGCCUUGCAUGUCAUUCAUUUUAAUCUUUUUUUGUUCUCUUUCCUUUGAUAGACAUAAAAUGCUUAUUCUGUAAUUCUACAUGAAAUGUUUUAUGGUCAAAUUACAGAAUUUAAAGCUCCGUAGCAAGCAACUUUUAUCAAUCUUGACAAUUAAGAUGCACAAAGAAGAAGAAAAAAGACAAACAAAAAUCAAUCUCAAAUCAAGAAGCAUCUAUGAGACCCAGGACUUAUGGAACUGCAAGUUUUCUGUGGUUUGCAAAAUGGGGCAUAUUCUUAAGAAAUUGUAGACAUGGCAGGUUGGUGGACAAUUAAGAUUACUGCAAAGUGCUUCACUCAUGUUGGUUCAAGAUGGUAGGGCUUGAUGAUUAUGGCAAAAUGGUUGUGUGAUUGCUGACGAUAACUUGCUAAUGCAAAUACUCACCACUCGUGCUCCACAGUGCAGCACCCAUGUGCACGCACACAUGCUAUAUUUUAAGGUGUGGGAGCUUUUAUUUAGCCAUGCGCCACAAUCAAUUGCAUAUGAGGGAAACCCUGAAGUUGGAAGUUGGAGCAGACACGACAGCAUGACAAACUUUGCAAACAAUUUCCAUUUGCUCAAUGUCUGUCAACUUGAAGCCAAAAUAUUUCCAGAUGACUGAAGUUGUCCUACCUUUCUUCUCACCCAAAAGCUGCCUUUCUGCCAUGUUUUCAAUUGUUCACUACUCAUAUUAUUGGUCCACAAGCAUCACAUGCUUGCUCCAGCUGUACGUAACAGGGGUGCAUUCAUAGUGUUUUUCCAGUACAGGAACUUAAAUACACACUGCGCAGUGCGGCGCAUUAAUGGCUUUUCUUUGAUUAUAAUGUUCAUAUGAUCAUGAGAAGCCAAAAUUGAAAUCAAGAGUGAAAUACAAUUAAUCGUCUGGCUCUACAAGACGGGUUAAGAAUGGGUCUUAUACUGUGUUUCUAAAUAGGUCGAAUCAUACCUCUUCUUAAGGUCGGGCCUUUGUAAUACAUCAAACAAUGAGUUUGGUCCAGACCUGCUCAUUUGGAAAGUAUCUUGAGAUAACAAUUUUUUGUGAUUUGGCACUAUAAAAAUAAAAAGUUGAUUGGUUGAUUGAUACAUUGAUUGAUUGAUUGAUUGAUCACAGCCAAAAUUGUACCAAUCACUUUGCAGAAAGAAGGCAGAAAAAGAAGAGGUUUGAGAAAAUUGACCCAGAUAUCGUAAUUAGAUCUAGAGAGAAACAACACAGAAAAAUAGCCUUGAGCUACACCCCAGUAUACUGUCUAACAUAAUUACACUGCCAUACUGGCUACUUAAUAUUUCUCAUGCUGUCACACGUCUAUAUAAGAUGCACUUUUAGUCUACGGGAAGAAGGAUUUUUUUCAUGUCCUUUUUUUUUUCUAGUUUCUCAUAUUAAAAUGAAUAAAAAUUCAUUUCCUCAUUAGAUUUGUCAUCUGCAUGAGUUUCAUUGUAUGUUUCCCAUGUAAAUCUGAAACAUUAACUGUAUACAGGCAUGAUUUCAACAAGUGAAGGUCAUGAUAUUUUUUACCAUGUGUCAGUGUUGUGACCCAUUUUUCAGAGGUCACAUCCCAAGCAGCUGUUCCAGAGAUUAAGCAACAUUUGCCACUAGGGCUCCAUGCUCAUCUGAUUUUACAGUAAUGCGAAUAUUGCAUGAACCUUCCUCUAUUAUUGAAAGCUUAGGUUUGACUUCACAGAGUGACAGGGCAUGAUGUUAUUCAUGUUCUGUUUACCCAUCAGUCUCAGCUGACCGAGCGGUGCUCUGUAGAGCAAAAGAUGUGUUUCCUGGACAGAACAGGGCACUUAGUGAAAACACAGAGCAUUCUCUACGGAACAGAUAUUAUUUUGUGGCCUCACAACAGGGGUGUUGUGAAGCUGCAAAAAUGUUUCUGCACCACUGAUGCUAGACAUUGUCAAGUUUUUGAGUGUUUGGGCAAUCUAUAUCACCUUUGCUGAAAAGGUGAAACUUUUUUGAAAUCUAGAUUUCUUUUACUAGGACUUCAAAGUUGAAAUACAAUUAAAAUCUGCUGAAUGAGCUUUUCCGAUUUUUGCAUGAAGGAUGUCAAGACAUAUGUCACUGAGCGAUGUAUAGCAGCAGAGCACUUCAUUGGACUGUACCACAAUAAAACAUGGAGUAUAUUUUAUAUAAAUAUGACCUACUCAGAAAGCACAAAACUGGAUAUUUGUAGUUUAUGGCUGGCCAGUCACUUGGAAAGGACGGUAAAACAAGAGGAGGAGGUAAAUAGUGCAGAAACAGCAAAGAAAGCUCAAAGACACAAAAUGGACAUGGGCCAAAAUGGAGACAAAUGACAAAUGGAGCAAAUCCAAACCCUAUCAUGGUAUGAGCUUUAGUUGUCUUGAACUGCUGGUUAAAGAUCCUGAGAGGGGUGUUUAACUUUGAGACUGGCUGAAGUUCAUAUUUAUGCCUAUUAAGGACCUUGAAAAGCAAACCAACCAAUCAGGAAUAGGGAUAGUGCUUCUGUUAUUUGUUUGUUUUUAUUUUUUAUACGGUAAUGCUGAAGAAACGUCCUGUCUUUAACAUCCCAAAAACAUUUAUUGACAAAAGGUGAUGCAUUGCUUCUAUAGAAGGAUCAAAAUUUUGAAAGAAAGUACUGCCUCCACAGGACAAGAUCAGUAAAGAGAUAAGUGGAGCACUUUGUCCACAGAUUCAGUGCACACAAAGAAUCUUUUUCAGGUACUUGAGGUAAAAGAAAUUGUUGACAGGCUUAAAUGGAGAUGAGACAAGACUGCAUUGAAUUAGGAUCCUGCUCACCCUGUCGGAUCUAACAACUUACCCACUAAAAACACCUGAAACUCGUAGGCUGUAAUUCCUUAAAAAUAAAAAAGAAAUCAUACCUUGUGUGGCUAAAGUCAUGUAAUUCAUCUAGACCGGGAAAGAAGUAAUUCAUAAAGAAGAACACAAAGCUGGGGUAGCAUUUUGGCUUUGUUAGCACAUUUCUUUUAUUUGUUAAUCCUUUUAAUGUAAUAAUACAAGUCAAUACCCAAAAAGUCUUGAAUUUUACUGUUGAAGACUUGUCAUGUCACACAUAGGUUUAUAUGUCUCAGAAGUGUUUUUCCAGAUUCCAGAUUUCCACUUUCAAAAUCAAGCAGUCAUGUGGCGCUUUAUUCAAAGCUAAUAAUCCUAAUCUACAUUUGGACAAACACAAAUAUUCGCCAUCUUAGAUUAAAAUUGAUGUUGAACACUAUCAUUGUCACAACAGCUGCACUUUUUUGAGUACUGGCAGGAUCUCAGGAUUAGAGCUGUUAUUGGGCAACAUUUGUAGGGUAAUAUGCUGUUACUGACCCAUCCUUUGAGUUUCUGUAUUUAUUGCUUUUAGUUUUUCUCUUUCAAAUCAUUUUAUGAUUAUUUUCAUUUUUUUUACCUACUAUAUGCUCUCAAAUUAUCCAAUUUUCAAAAGCAGGUGUUUAAAAAUUACUAAUGGGACAUGUUAUGUAAAAGCACUUUUUUUCAGUUUUGAUACAAAAAAGGAGACUUUUUAAGGACAGCUAUUUAACACUCAAGUACAGACUUAAAAAAAUGAUGACAGUGUAAACACAGGAGGACUCCUUGUUAUAGAGAAGUAUUACUAAUAUCUUGAAUGUUAAAAUUGUAUAUAGAAAUAUAAGACCCCUCCAUCUCUCUCUUUAUCACAGCAGAGGGGACAUUGUUGAAAUUCGAUGAAGCAGUCAAAUUCAUCUUGCCUUGCCAAUGGGGUCUGUCCAUCAUUUGAAAGGAGAAAUGUCCUUGCUCUGUGGCCUAGAUGCUAACAGAAUUUUUACCCCCUAAGGGGCCAAACUGCCACACAGCUCCUCCCCUGUUUUCACUUUUCUUUCUACAUCUUUGUUACUCUCUAAGGGUAAUGCAAAUUCAUACUCCAUAUUCUCCCCUCUCUAUUUUAAGAGUCAUCUCCAUCUCAUCCAGUGUUAGUGGGCCAGGCUUGAGGCAAGCAGAAACAGGAGAGCCAGAAUGAAUGGAAUAACAUUGCAUGAGCUCUACCAGCAACCCCUCUGUCUUAUGUGUAUUUUCAUCAGUCUUUCAACAAAAUUGCAACUUGCCUUCUAGUGGAACUGUAGUUUGCCCCUUCAUAGGAUUUUUUAAGACAUAACUCCAUAUGAAGUCUAAUACUACUAAUAAUGCUACUUGAUCCACACUAACACUGAAUGUGAGGAUACGGUUUGGCUACUGGAAACAUAUCUAGUUGCACUUACACUUACAAAGAAAAGAUAAAUAACACAUUUCAGGAAUAAACCCUUAAGGGUAGACCAGGGGCAUUGCUAGGCAUAAAACUCUAUUGGGGCACAGGCCCCUUACUAUAUCCCCCCUCCCCUUUACACACACACACACACACACACACACACACACACACACACACACACACACACACACACACACACACACACACACACAUCCCACUGCCACACUCUUACUAAAACUACCACUUAAGAUAUUCAUAAAUGUCUGAACUUUUAACAAUUAUAUACACACUAGCAAAAGCAUAUAAGACAUAUUCAAUGGCAGGUCAGGACUUAUUGAAGCAUCAAAGCAUAACGCCUACUUUUUAUUUUUGAUAAUCGUUUAAUCACCGGACCGUGACUCAGCUUUGAAAGGUCUUUUUUCUGACAGCGAGAUGGUGAAGCCGGUUUUGCCUCAUUGUGCUCCUCAGCCAAGUGUGGAGCCGUCUCAACACACUGGAUGACCUUUUACAGCUACAGCUAUUGACUGGGAUUGUUAGGGAGAUCUGAAUGACCUGUGUCAGUGUUGGGAACAUGAUGUUAUCCAGCAAGCUGAAAACACACUGCAUACCCUUGUUUGCAAGGCUUUCUCAUUUGGAGGCUAGAUAGUUUUUUUCCACUGAAACCUCUGGUUUCAGACCAAUAUUGUUAUGAUCAGCAAGACCACUGAGGUGCUUCUCACAGAGAAAGUUGUCUGAUAUAGGGUUACAGGCCUGAACACCUCUGAGAAUUUGGCCAUUAGGAGAUGAAAAAUGUUCAUCCAUCUCUGCAACCAUCCUGUCAAGGCAAGGUAAAAACAGGUCAAAUAUUUAUGCAAGUUCUUGGUUACAGACAAAAAGGACCUUGGACAUUAUCAACAGGUAUACUGGGGCAAAUCUGGUCCCACUGCUUUGGAGGUAAUAGUGUCAGAGAGGCACUGAAGAACAGCAGGGAAGUUCUGUAAGAUGGCAUUCAUGGAUUGCAACUGGCAAGACUAAGGGGUUUUUGACAACUAUACAAGUUCAGAUGGCUGCAAACCCAGCUGCUUCAGCACCUCUAAAUCUGUGAUGGUGUAUGAAAGAAACAGUAAAAAAUGAGUUUACACUCUGCGGCAGGUCAAAGAAGUCUUUGGCCUCUGGUCUUGCUUAACAGGUAUGACACAGCACUAAGUUAAGUAGAUGUGCAUAGCGGUGCACUUGAAUGGUCUCUGGAUGCUUGACUCUGAAUUUGGCUUGGACCCCUCCGACUGCACCACUCAUCACAGCCGUACCAUCAUAAGCCUGCACAACACACUGUUCUGUGUUUCCAUCUCUGGUUUCAUCCGCAAUAACUGAAAACAUUCCUGCAAAUUUAUUUGUUAUAAUCUUGAUUAUCAUGGCUUUCAGCUUUUGAAAACCCCAAAUUUCAGAAAACUAGAAUGUUGUGAAAAGGUUCAAUAGCAUAGGCUCAAAGUAUCACACACUCAUCAGCUAAUCAACCCAAAACACCUGUAAAGGGUUCCUGAGGCUUUCAAUGAUCUCUCAGUCUAGUUUAGUAGGAUUCACAAUAAUGGGGAAGGCUGCUGAGCUGACAGUUGUGCAGAAAACAAUCAUUGACACCCUUCUCAAAGUGUUGUAUCAAAGCACAGUAAUAGAAAGUUAUCUGGAAGGGAAAAGUGUGGAAGAAAAAAGUGCAAAAGCCACAGGGAUGACCAGAGUCUCUCAAAAGUGUGGGGGAAUGUCACAAGGAGUGGACCGAGGCUGAAGUUAGUACAUCGAGAGAAGGUCCUAAACCAAGGUCUCAGAGUGUGGAGGAUGAAUGGAGAAGCACUCAGUCAAAGAUGCUUCAAGUCCAGGGUGAAGUUUCCUCAGUCUGUGUUGGUUUGGGGAGCCAUGUCAUCUGCUGGUGUUGGUCCACUGUGCUUUCAUAAUUUCAGAGUCAACGCAGCUGUCUAUCAUGAGAUUUUGAAACACUUCAUGGUUCCUUCAACGGAUAAACUUCAAUGAGAUGCUGACUUCAUUUUCCAAAGGAUAUGGCACCUGCUGACACUGCCAAAAGUACCAAAACCUGGUUAAAUGACCAUCGGAUAACGGUGCUUGACUGGCCAGCAAACUCGCCAGACCUGAACCCCAUAGAGAAUUUAUGGGGCAUUUCCAAAAAUAGAUGAGGACAUGAGACUGAACAAUGCAGCAGAGCUGAAGGCUGCUACUGAAGCAUCCUGGUCUUCCUUCACACCUAUGCAGUGCCACAGGCUGAUAGCAUCUAUGCCACGCCGCAUUGAGGCAGUAAUUCAUGCAAAAGAGGGCCAAACCAAGUACAAAGUAUGCAAGAUGAAACUUUUCAGAGGGCCAGUAUUUCUCUAUUCGAAGUCCUCUUUCUAUUAAUUGUCUGUAAUAUUCUAAUUUUCUAAGAUUUUCAAUUCGAGGUUUUAAUAAGCUGUAAGCCAUACUCAUCAAAAUUAUAUCAAAUGAAGGCUUAAAAUAUCUUGAGUUGCAUGUUAUGAGCCUAUGGCAUAUACAGUAUUGUAAAUGAAAUUGCUGGAAUAAAUGCACCUGUAGUUCAAUUGCUGCUCGGAACACAGCAUGGAUCGCAGAUAAAUUAAUGAAAGAAGAACACUUUAGUGCAGGGGUUCUCAACUUUUUGCGAGCUGCCCCCCCCCCCCCCAAAGGUGGUUCAAUGCAGUUUAAAUGACUUAAAACUUGUACUGAACACAGACAAGCUUUGUUCAAAUGUAAAAUGCAAGCGUCCAACUCUGCCUCCAAUCCCUGCUUUGAGUACAUACUACAUAUCUUGGUAUUGUAAGUGAUGCGUCUCUCUCCUUUACACCUUCUCUCCAACAGCUGGUAAGAAGACUAAAAUUGAAACUGAGUUUUUAUUUUGCUAUCAGAUCUUUCCUUACUUCCUAGUCAUAACAGAGAAUGUGUGGCUAACACUUUUAUGGCCGUUGAAGGGAGGGGGGUUUUGCGCUUUACAUCAAUGAAAACAUCUGUAGACUGCUUAGCUAAAGUUCAAAAAUAGUUUGAAGGAUUCCAGAAGGGGCAGCACAUCUCACGUUCCAGUUCAUGGAGGACAAAAAAAUUGAUAUUUUACUUGUUUUAUGUGGCCUACAUCACAAAAAACAAACACCAAAGGCACAGGGCCUUCAUCAGAGCAUUUGUUUACGCUCUGAUGAAGGAUGACUUUUGGUGUCAUUUUUAGACUUCCACUCUAAAAAGGACAUCAUGGCAAAUCGGUUCAAAGAAUGAGGCCAUACAUCCAUUUGUAAAGAUUUGUAAAUCCCAACCUCUCUUUUCAUUUAGGAAAGUACUCACAAACAAAAAUAUUGUCAUGUUUAGAAACACCAAUAAGAAAAAAACAUCAUGGCUGACAAUAGGCCUGAACGAUAUAUCGUUUGACUAUCGUCAUCGCGAUGUACGUGUGUGCGAUAGUCACAUCGCGAUAUUGGAGGUGAAUGAACUCAUUUAAUUUCAAGGGUAACCGACUGAGAUACACUCCAUGUGACUCUGCAUGUGCUGUGCAGCGAUCCACCAAUCGCCUUCGUCCUUAACUCAGUUGCCAAUCAGACUCACUUCUCAGUUGCCAAUCAGACUACCCUGCCAGCUGUCAAUCAAAAUCAGGGAGGAGAAAACCCACCCCUGCACAUGUUCUGCACAUGGAGGGAGACGUGUGUCCGCUGAGAAUUACUUUCGGAACUUUACUCAUGACUAUUAAGCCCAACAAAUAAGAACUGUAUGGGUUUUAAAUUGUACAUUUCUGUGGACCACUCUACUAUAAGCGGUGCGCGUUUUGCGAGGUGCAUGCAAUUCUCGGAGGACAUGCGUUUCUCGGCACAACACCGCUAACAACAACAACAACGAUCGCAAAAUGAACAACGAACAAGCGAAAACCACCGAAAAUGAAGAUUUGUUGCCAAAAAGAAAAGGAAAGUCAGUUAUCUGGAAUUAUUUCGGUUAAAAGACGGAUGAUGUCGACCAAAACACGUCUUCUGUGUUCAUCUGUUGCCACAAUAACGUCCCAGCACAAUAAAAGCUAAAAAUAUCUCUGAGACAGACAGAAGCCGUUCUACUAACAUUCACAAAAAGAGGUAAGAUCAGAGCAGAUUACCUGUCCUCAAGAUUGCAGCAGUGCAGCAUAACAUUAAGUGCUAUUCAGGUCAUCUGGUGAAAAUACUGUAUUUUUAAUAUCGCAAUAUAUAUCGCAGGGUUGAAAAAAUCGCAAUAUUAUUUUUUUCCAAUAUCGUGCAGCCUUAGCUGACAACGACUGGUAUGAAUAGAUGUGGUAACUCUGCUUGUUGCAACAAUACAAUUAAUACAAAAAAAUUCAGCCAUCCUCACACUGAGAAGAAAAUUUCAAUUCAAGGCCUUAUAAACUGCAAAACCACAUAUGUUAUCUACAUGCUAUUAUGUACCUGCGGCUUAGCAUACAUCAAACAAACCAAACGACCCCUGAAGCAAUGUAUCUCAGAGCACAAAACAGCCAUCCGUACAGGUAACAUAGACUAUCCAAUCGAAAAAACAUUAUAUUGAAGUAAAUCAUGGUUCACCCUCCUCACUGAAAUUCUAGUGUAAGUAGUGGGGAAAAAAAUCACAUUAGAGGAGGUGACAUUCUGAAGAGACCUGCCCAGAGGGAAAUGUUUCUGAUUUUCAAGGCAAUGACACCGAAUGGACUCAAUGAUGAUUUCAGUUUGCUUUUUAUGCUUUUUAAAGUAGGACUAGUUGUGUUGAAUAUGUUUCACUUCAGGAGCUUGUUCAUGUAUAAUGCUGAGCACUAAUUAAUCAACAAUUACUGUCAUGUGGAUGUUAACCUUGGCUGUGAGUAGCUAUUAGCUCUUACAAAGUCAACUUUGAUAGAGAAGUGAUUGGUGCUUGACUAAAUGGACACCACUUGCAGCUGUGUAGAAACUUAACUCUGCUGUUGAGAAACCAUAUAUUAGGGUACCUGUACAAUCAGUCCAACAAAUACUCUAAUGAAGGCCCUGUGCCAAAACAUGUAAGCGUUUGUUUUUUGUGAUGUAAGUCAAAUAAAACUGGUGAAAUGUUGAUUAUUUGCCCUCCAUAAAUUGGUACGUGAGAUGUGCUGCCUCCUUUAGAAACACUCAAACUUUUACAUCUGUGUUGGACCAUAGAUGGCCUCUUUUCCAAGCUUACAUGCUCUGGUCCCUUACUCAUCAUUGUUUGCUGUAUGAACUGGUUUGUCUGAUUGCUGUUUUUUUUUCACAUGAUGACGAGGAAAAAAUUCAGCUGUACUUUCAGUGCCAAGAAAGAAAAAGCCUGUGGAUCACAUGAUAUACUGUAUAUGCAUGCAUCUCCAUCCACUGUUUGGACCUUUGAUUCACAGGAUCAUGUAUCUUUUUGCGUUAAUGAUUAAGUGGAUUUGACAGUAUCAAACUGGGCCCAUUCAAAUCACUUAAAUUCAAGCGUAUUGUAAAGAAUUUGGUGACUGAGGCAUAUUGUUGUUUUUCCUUUUAUUUGACAUUUUUGUUGUUUCUCCUUGCAUUUGAUAUUUUUUCUUGGCUAAUUUACUGUUCAACUUCCUUAUGUCAUGUUGUGUGUGUGAUUUGUCAUGUUUUUGCUAUUCUCUAAGGCCUUGGCCUGGUGUCUAUUUCAAACAGGAUUUUUAAUUCAACAGGACUUCCCUGUUAGAUACAUUUGAAAUUUGAAAAAUGUACACCACUGACAUAUUCGUAUUUACAACUCUGUUUUGGGUCUGCAGAACAGAAUAGUAUCAAAAUUUGGUACAGGGACCUUUUCUUACUUUUACAUGUGUUUCAAAGGUCAGUACUGAAACAAGGAAAAAGGCGUUAAGCUUGGUGCUCCCUCUACUUGCCACAAAAAAGCUCAAGCCAAAUCAACUGGCCUAAUUGGAUUGUUUUAAAGUGUGUGAAACUAUUUGGAGACAGAGAUGUGUGGGUGUGGGCGUCCACCAUAGAUUGUAUAUACUAUGGACAACUUGGUUCCGCCUCCCGCCUUGAUACGGAUUUGAAGCCAAAAAUUCGGUAUUUCCACGAUUUUUCUUCAUUUCCUGAAACCAGCAUUGUGCAGUAGCGUUGUACACAUUACGCGGGAGAGUUGCCUUGAUGGCGCUCGGCUCAAACAGCGUAUCCCCCGGGUGAGCUAUGCAAUCCCUAAACGCCAAUAGGCUGUAUCAGGUGUCAAUCAUAGAAAACAUGAACCCCCUAACACUAGAAGGACCACAGAGCAGCCAUUUGGCUUUACCCCCCUCAAGGUCCACGGGGCAGCCGAUCAGCUGGAAGGCUUUUGGCUAAUAUCCUAAAUCACCUGUGAGCACUCAUUUUGUUAUGCAAACGAGGCGAUCGUUGGUGCACCACAGGAGGGGACUGGACUAAGUGGUGUAUGCAGUGGGAAGGGACAAUACAGGGCUUGAUACAGCACAUGUGCAUUCAAUGCUGCCAUAUCAUGCUACUUGUUGAAUGCAUUUUUGCAUUGACAAUACCAUUCUGGACUUUGGGUUAAAAUAUCUACUCAGACUAUCUGUCCGACUUUUGUCACCAGUCAGAAAUGUACAUAUAUGUGAGUAACCCAAAAACAAUUAUAUGGUGCUGUUUUUGCUUGUAGAAACUGCCAUGUUGAUUCUGGCAAGACAAAAUCUUUCUCAAAUGUCAUAAAUACAUCUACCAAACAUCUAAAACAGUUAUUGGUGCCUUAGUACACGCAUAAGUGACUGGUAAAAUGUGUGCCCCUUCACACUUUCUUCACAAAUCUUGCCUGAUGUGCUGUUUACAUUUUAUUGCUUCUAUUACACAGUAGGUUGUGUCAUUUUUAUGUAUGAAACAUAAGCUUUUAGCUAAAUGUGCUGUAUAUAUUUCAUUGUGCUGGGUGCAAAUCACUUGAGUUGAGACGUUUUCUUCAAGAAAUUUGCUACAUUUCAUAAUCUGAAUUCACUUAUGCGUAUACUAAGGCACCAAUAACUGUUUCAGAUGUUAGGUAGAUGUAUUUGUGACAUUUGAGAAAGAUUUUGUCUUGCCAGAAUCAACAUAGCAGUUUCUACAAGCAAAAACAGCAGCACCAUAUCAUUGUUUUUUGGGUUACUCACAUAUAUGUACAUUUCUGGCUGGUGACAAAAGUCGGACUGAGUAUACAGUACAGUCCAAAAGUUUGGACACACCUUCUCAUUCAACGCAUUUUCUUUAUUCUUAUUGCUAUUUUAAUUGUAGAUUCUCAGUGAAGGCAUCAAAACUAUGAAUGUACACAUGUGGAAUCGUGUGCUUAAGAAAAAAGUGUGAAAUAACUGAAAUAUAUCAACGCAAUGUUUAAGUUUCUGCAAGGUCUUUUGUCUCACCCUGUAGAGAAAGCCACUUUCCAAUACUAGUUCUGUAAGUUUCCCAUCAUGUCCAUGUAAAGUCGAGAACGCCUUCACUCUGGACAGAUGAUAGAUUCAGAUAGCAUCGUUUCAUUCAAUUUUUAUGCACUUUUGAACGCUGUUUUCUUUUUUUUCCUGUUCUUUUCUUCCUCUUCGCUUGUUUAGCUGCGAGAUGCUGUCGUCGCCAUGUUUGUGUAUUUCUGAUACUGUGGCAACGAGACUCGGCUCCUAUUGGUCCACGUGACAAAAAUCGCUUCACCCCCUGCAUAUUCGAUUGCGCGUGUGCAAGUAUCACUAUGCCGCAGAAGGGAAAUAGUUUGACACCGAAACACUGAUUACUAAAAAUCAACUGGAUGGCAUGAGUAGAUAUUUUUUUUUAGUACUUACUAUCAAUAGAGCUUUUUUAUGAAUCACAGUUUAUGUUGCCCCACUGAAGUGGAACGAACCAACACGAUCUCGCUCAGCCAAUACAGCCUAAAUCAACAUACUCUGUUUGCUUUGCAUGUUGAACAGUACAGUCUUGAAUAGAACCAAGCAUGUCCAGUGUGAUGAAACACAGGAAGCCCUGAAGACGAGUCAAGAUGGGCCUCCUGGCCUUAGCCGUUGGUUCUCCAUCUGCUGAGGUGCAGGGACAUCAGUAGAAGUAGAACCAAACAAAACAAACAAAGGCCCAAACUGUCUGUGCAGUGGCUAUGGCUGAAGCAGUUUCUGUCUACAGUUGUUCUCAGGUUGGAAACUCCCCUCCCCCUCCCCACUCCCUCUCCCAACAACACAAGUUUUCUUGAAGUAACUCAGCAUAUCCCCUCCUGUGGUGCGCCAGCGAUCACCUCGUUUGCAUAACAAACUGAGUGUUCACAGGUGAUUUAGUACUGGCUAAAGCCCACCAAGCCAUUUGGCUGCCCUUUGGUCUUUAUAGGUAGGAACAGCAAAAGCUGGUCCUUCUAGUGCUAAUAACUUUUAAAAAUGGAGCUUCACAGAGAAAAGAGGACUUGAGCACAAACCAGUCUUACUGUAACUACAUGUCAACACCGCAAGCAGGGAGAAAAAAAAUUAUGUUCUGUGUAAAAAAUUUCUGAAGUUUGUCCACAGGCCCAUAAGCUUUGCUGGCAGAGGCGGGAUUUUGGACCUAUACUGCAGCCCGUCAACAGAGGGUGCUGUUCUCCGAGUGGCUUCACCCAGCAAGGAGAGCAAGUACUAUGGACAUUUACUUUGUAUUAGCAUUGUAUUGCUGCUCAUUGUCUGAUUUGCCGCUGCCUGUCUACCCACGGAAUCUUUUGAAACAGAAAGUUCAAUCUCAUUUAGUUUUUACUCUGGUUAAGAUAAAGUUAGAAACAUUCUCUAGAAAUAUGACAUCUAUUGUAACAGCUCUUUAAGUGGUCUUAAGACUAUAAAAGUGCCAUUGGUCCACGUAUAGCGCGAAAGGCAUGCAGCAUGAAGUAUCAUGCACAAACAGAGGCUCAAGCACAAAGGCUGUACCAGGAGACAUGAAGAAGUAAAAGCACCCAGUCUUAACCUGCCGAAAAAGACAAUAAUACAAAUGUUAGUCCAAAAACAGCAAACAAACCCAGUAAGGGGACAGGCAAAAAUCCAACCAACCAAAUCAUAAUGUGAAGUAAAUAAAAAAACAAAACAGAAAAUAACACUGAAAAAUGGGUGAAAACUGAUGAACACUCAAGGACAAAUAAAAGAUGAAUCAGUCAGGGGAGCAGAAAAAACAAGGGGUUUGAACCAGACUUGAUUAAUGCCAAAGUCAGGGGUGUGUAAUGAGUACAACUGAUGAUAAUCAGGAUAGGAACUCAAAGGAGAUAGAACAACUGUGAAAAAAAACAGUCAAUUUACAGUGCAAGGAUCAACUUAAAAUUACAAAAUUGGUCAGUGGCUUUGCAUUAAGUAUGCUGACUUAGUGGUAUGUAACAUAUUGAAACCAGCAGUUUGUUAGUUCAGGUGUUUGGAAAUGUUUCAGUUUGAAACUAAUUCUGAACAAAAAGAAAAAUAAUUUUUGACUGAUAUCCUCCUCUUUUUAUUUUUUUUUAUUUUUUUAAUGAAAGAUUUGUCUUAAAACCUGACAGACAGGAAACCUCAGCAAUCAUCAGUGUUCAAAUGAACACACCACAAUGCAUGCCCCAAUAUUUGAUUAUGUACAGCGGAUAUAAAAAGUCUACACACCCCUGUUCAACUGACAGGUUUUUGUCAUGUAAAAAAAUUAAAUCAAGAUAAAUAAUUUCACAACUUCUUGCACCUAUAAUGUGACCUGUACAACACAAUUGAAAAACAAACAGAAAUCUUUCAGGAAGGUGAAGUAAAAAUAAACAACUGAGAUCAUGUGGCUGCAUAAGUGUGCACACCCUUUAAUAACUGGGGGUGUGGCUGUGGUCAGAUUUAACCAAUAACAUUCAAACACACACCUGUCAUCAAUUAAAGUGCCUCUGAUCAACCCCAAAUUAAGUUCAGCUGUUCUAGUAGGCUUUUCCCGACAUUUUUGUAGCCACAUCUUCCAGCGCAAGCCAUGGUCCACAGAGAGCUUCCAAAGCAUCAGAGGGAUCUCAUUAUUCAAAGAUAUCAGUCAGGUGAAGGCUACAAAAGAAUUUCCAAGGAAUUAAAUAUACCAUGGAACACAGUGAAGACCAUCAUCAUCAAAGGGAGAAAAUAUGGCAUAAUGGUGACAUUACCAAGAACAGGACUACCGUCCAAAAUUGAUCAUAAGACAAGAAGAAAACUGGUCAGAGAUGCUACCAAGAGGCCAACGGCAACACUGAAGGAGCUGCAGGAAUUUCUGGCAAGUACUGGCUGUGUAGUACAUGUGACAACAAUCUCCUGCUGUCUUCAUAUGUCUGGGCUAUGGGGUAGGGUGGCAAGACAGAAGCCUUAUCUUACAAAAAAAACAUCAAAGUCCAGCUUAAUUUUGCAAAAAGACAUCUAAAAUCUCCCAAACGCAUCUGAUCUGAUGAAACUGAUGAGUCUGAUGAAACCAAAGCUGAACUUUCUGGGCAUAAUUAGUGGUGGGCAAAACCAUUCAUUUCAGUGAACCGGAUCAUUCCGGUUCGUUCAGUAAAAAGAUCCGUUCAUUUCGGUCAUUUCGGUCAAUUGGUCGUUCAGAUGCUGAACGAACGUGAACAUGAGCGAACGGACUAGCUUGACACGGCUGACCGGGUUUAUGCAGGGGGAAAUCUGUUAAGACUCUGAACGAACGAGAGCCUCUUAGCUCCCUUUGUGACAAUAACAUCAAGUAUUUCCAACAGAUACGUCUUUGCUGACAUUCAAAACACAGAGAGAUCUAAGGAUACGUAUUCAACAGCUGUGCAACUUGGGACAAUCUCAUGUGCAUUUUUUCGAAAGUCUCCAGGUAACAGGGUCACUUUUUACACCGAAACACCGGCAUGUUGACCCAGCUAAACCAAGCUAUAUAGCUAAGCUAGCACAUUACGCAUUGGUACUAAUUCAAAUGGUGGCUGAAUACAGAUGUGACCGUACAGCAUUGGGAUAUUUUGCUGGACAAACGCAUCCGGCUCCGUACUCUUAUCAACCGCUGUUUGUUAGCUUAGCAUGCUAAACCUCGGGCUCGGCUGUCGGCUCGUGCGGCUGCCGCGGCACUGUUUGUUGGACUUGUGAGUACAGAUACCCCCUGCAAGAGACUGCCUUAUAGUUUAUUUUAUUCAGUACAUCCCGUUGCGUUCUCAAGUCGGUCGGCUAGUGACAGGCUGACAGCACCUCGCAGAGAGUGAACGCUAGUACUCAAUCAGUCUGAGAGUCGGUCAAUCUCUCGGUCAGACCGAGCUGACUGAAAAGACGGAGACUGAGUCGGUCAUCGGUCCCAGUCUUUCAGUCAGCUCAGUACUGCUGCUGCUUCUCUAAGCCCCACCCACCGACAGAGGGAGGCGCGAUGGUAGGAUAAGACAGGCAAGCACUGAGAUAGUCCCGCCCUAAGGAACGGUGAACUGACUCUUCAGCCAAUCAAAAGAACCGAACGGACUGAACGGAUCAUUUAGGGGGGGUGACCUCGUUCAUUUUGUUCACCAAAAAGAACUAGUUCUUUUGAUCCGUUCGUUCAUGACUGACACACCACUUGGCAUCAUUGCAAAAAGUGUAUUUGUCACAAAAUCAACACUGCUCAUCACCAAAAGAACACCAUACCCACAGUUAAGCAUGGUGGUGGCAGCUUCAUGCUUUGAGGCUGUUUUUCUUCUGCUGGAACUGGUACCUUAGUCAGGGUGAAGGGAAUUAUGAACAGUUCCAAAUACCAGUCAGUGUUGGCACAAAACCUUCAGCCUUCUGCUAGAAAUCUGAAGAUGAUGAGGAAUUUCAUCUUUCAGCAUGACAAUGACCCAAAGCACACAUCUAAAUCAUCAAAAGAAUGGCUUCAAUACUGUACCUUAGUACUGCAAUUAAUUAAUUCCUCUUUAUUGACUUACUUGGUAGGGUUUUGCAGCAGUCUGGAUGUUCAACUCUUUGUGGCACAUUGCUGUCUUUAAGUUUCCUCAAGACCCUCUUUUAGCUUUUGUGGAAUUUUUUGUUUUUAUCCCAGACAUCUUGUGAAUAUUAGAGUCAAAAGAUAACAUAAUGUUUAUCAAAGUUGCAACCAUAUCCUUUUAUAGAAAUAUAUCAGCCCCUUUUUUCCCCUGCAGGCCUUUAUUUUAUUUAGCAUUUUUUAGUUAACUUAACCAACAAACAACCCUUGGAACUAAAUAGAGAAUUUGUUAGGUUUUGAGUAUAUGCAAGGAAAAAUAUGUCACUACUUUGAGAAAUAAGGCAGUUGCCUUUUGUAGCAUUUGUUGUUUAUGUAUGUUUAUAAGUUUUUAUUUCUUUCAGCAAGCUGUCAGGUUCAAUUAUUCCUUCUGAAGUUCAAACAAUGACAAAACAUCAAAUAGGGGAACAUGAGUUUGCUGACAGCAAACCUUUAAAAAAAAUCUUUAUUUUAACCACUUGAUGUGUCUGUUUGGAUCUACUACUAAAAACCACCCACUGCAGCUCAGAACUUCCUGAACCUCAGCUGGUAAACCUUUUCCCCAAUGGAUCUGUAUUUUUCAAAGUGCUGUUUUUAGAUGUGUGUGGGAGGUACAUGGACACCAUAGUUCAUCAGUGAAAUGCUCUGUCAAUUGCUUCUUCUACUCCUGAAUAACACCAUUAGUGGUAUUUCAUACUCUGAAUUUUUGGACACAGGAAAACUCAGAAAACCACAGAGAAGUGGAAAAAAAGUAAACCACUGAUUCAGUCUACACCCUGUUGGGCUGACAGCUUCUUCCAUCACAUCCAGCUUUGCAUCAGAUGGAGAGCCACCUUUACUUAUGCAAUUCUCAGUGGCUGCAUGGGCUGAAAAUGGGGGGGGGGGGGGGGGGGUACUUGCGCCACUGUGCCGCUCCCUAAAAUACCAAACUGUGCUUGGGCACACCUUAUUGGUGCGGCAGACCUGACUUAUGCCAUGCCUGCGCCACGCCACUGGAGAGGCACAAAAAUAGAGCCCCUAGUCUUAGUAAGUGGGUCUAACAUGAGGGGAAUGAUUAGGUUAAAGACUCAGAUAAUCCUUUGUUAGCCCCUUGUAAUCUCAUGACAGUAAUUUAAAUACACUGUAAGAAAGAAACUUCAUUCUACAUUUAGACUUUUUUAAUUGUCUUUAUGAGUAGAGCUCUGUUCAUGUAUUCCUUUUUUUGCAGAACUGGACUUUAUUUUAAUAGUUUAACAUGGUGAAGCUUUAAAUUGGGCCUAAUUUAUGGAGACAAUCUUCUGCUCUUCGUUUCUUCACGUAUCUGUGCCCCAGUGGUUCAUGAUUUACAAAUUUGCUGUGCUUUAUAGCAGACACAGCACUCAACUGCUUUAAUCUUGUCUGAGAAGAGCAGUAACAUCAGAUACUGGACACUACAGAGCUUUUUUAGGAUGCUGUACAUGUUUCAAGCACUUAGGAUGAAAUGAGUCUCCUCUUCACAGAGAUAAAAUGUAACUUCACAGUAACCCAGCCUUCAAGAUGCUUGACAUUUGAUAAUGAGUGAUAAAUCCCUCCAUUAAUAUGAAAUGGUAAAUAAAACUGGCUGGAAAUUUCUUCACUGUUGAGAUAGAUAAAAAAUGUGUGAGGAUAGUCUCAGCUUAUCAGUGGUGAGGGUUUUCUGUUUCUCUUUAUCUUUUGUCUUUAAACACUGAGUAUAUUUGGAUUUUAGACUGUUGUUUUAACAUAAAAAAGAAAAGAUUUGGAGAAUUGUAACAUUCAUGGACCAAAAGGUUGAAUCGGGAAAAAAAGUGUCUAAAGUGUCUAUUUAGUCCUUUUAUUUUUUAUUUUUUUUGUACAUGCGUGGAUAUGUAGUAGCUAAAUAUACAGUGCAUCCAGAAAGUAUUCAUACCGCUUCACUUUUUCCACAUUUUGUUAUGUUACAGCCUUAUUCAAAAAUGGAUUAAAUUCCCUUUUUCCCUUAAAAAUUCUACACAAAAUACCCCAUAAUGACAAAGCGGAAAACUUUUUUUAGAACGUUUUGCAAAUUUAUUAAAAAUGAGACACUCAAAUGUUGCAUACAUAAGUAUUCACACCGUUUGCUAUAAAACUCAAAAUUAAGCUCAGUUGCAUCCUGUUUCCACUGAUCAGCCCUGAAAUGUUCCUUCAACUUGAUUGCAGUCCACCUGUGGCAAAUUCAGCUGAUUGGACAUGAUUUGGAAAGCCACACCUGUCUAUCUAAGAUCCCACAGCUGACAGAGCACGUCAGAGCACAAACCAAGCCAUGAAGUUGAAAGAAUUGUUGGUAGACCUCCGAAACAGGAUUGUAUCAGUGCAAAGAUCUGGGGAAGGUUACAGAAAAAUAUCUGUUGCAUUGAAGAUCCCAAAAAGCACAGUGGUCUCCAUCAUUAAGAAAUGGAAGACGUUUGGAUCCACCAGGACUCUUCCUAGAGCUGGCCGCCCAGCCAAAAUGAGCAAGCGGGGGAGAAGGGCCUUGGUCAGGGAGGUGACCAAGAACCCAAUGGUCACUCUGACAGAGCUCCAGCAUUCCUCUGAGGAGAUGGGAGAACCCUACAGAAGGACCACCAUCUCUGCAGCACUCCACCAGUCAGGCAUUUAUGGUAGAGUGGCCAGACAGAAGCCACUCCUCAGUAAAAAGCACAUGACAGCCCGCUUGGACUUUGCUAGAAGGCACUUGAAGGACUCACAGACCAGGAGAAACAAAAUUCUCUGGUCUGAUGAAACGAAGAUCAAACUCAAGCAUCAUGUCUGGAGGAAACCAGGCACCGCUUACAAUACCAUCCCUACAGUGAAGCAAACUGUAUAUAGAAAGGACACCGUCUGCCUCCCAGCUGGAUGAAGCCACCCCAAGGACAGCACCCUCUGGUGACAGGCUGCAGUGUAGGUCAUAAAUCCUGCAUCCUCCAGCAAUCACUAUGGACAAACUUUAAAAAGUAAUUAAUCCCCCCCCCCCCCCCCCCCCCGUGAUGUUGACAUGUAGUUACAGCAAGACUGGUUUGUGCUUAAGUCCUCUUUUUUCUGUACAGCUCCAUUUUAAAAAGUUAUUUGGGGGUUCAUGUUUUCUAUGAUUGACACUUGAUACAGCCUAUGGGCGUACGAAGCUUGCCUAGCUCACCCAGGGGAUAAGUUGUUUGAGCAGAGUGUCAUCACAGCAACUCUCCCGCCGAAUGCGUACAAUGCUAUUGCGCCAGUGGUGGUUCCAGGAAGUGGAGAAAAUGUCGGGAAUACCGAGAGCAAUUCGGCUUCGAAUCCGUACAAUGGUGGAAGGCAGAACCAAGUUGUCCAUAGUAUACACAGUCUAUGCUAUUGGCACAGUGUUUCCUUUUGGAUUUUAUGAAAUUACUGCAUACAUUGUGGGGUGUCCGGGCAUGCUCAUCAAGAGGUAUAUAUUUUAUGUAACAUAUAUAGCAAAUCAGCCCUUAUUUUAGGCAGGCUCCAAGAGGCGCUGCUGUACUGAAUGAAUACAAUAGAGGGGACGGGGCCAAAACAUUGACCUCUGUCCUGGGCCUGCCUCCGGAAAGCUCUUUUUUGGGGGGAGGGUGCUUGACAGGACAGCAGCUAAAAACAUGGUAUUUUAAGAAACCAGAGGUCUAUUCUCUACCCUGAUGCCCUGUGUGCCACACAUGUAGAGCCCUUGAUAUUUGUUGAUAUUUGAUAUUUUAAGACACCAGAGGUCUAUUCUCUACCCUGGUGCCCUGUGUGCCACACAUGAAGAGCCCUUGAUAUUUGUUCCCCCUUGCCCCCAAACAGCCUCAACAUGCCACUAAAUUGCAGCUAAGUAUACUUGUGCUUCUGAGCCCUCUACAUCUCUUCAUGGCAAAUCAGUCCAAAUAAGUAUUAUCUAAGAUAAUGCACGGCAUAAUCAGGUUAGACAUAGGCUUUUCUGUAAAGAUUUUUGAAGAGAGGCUUUCAGAUCACUCAGGUUGUUAAGUGCUUAAAUCUCUUCUAAGUGGAUUCUUGCUGGCGCUACAAGUUGCUUAUCCCAAAUACAUGAACAAAACCUAACUUAAGAAACUUUUUGUGGAAAUUAUUGUAGUUAAAAAAAUAUUCCCUUUAUUUUAGGAACUAUGAUUACUUAUGCAAGUGAGACAAUUGCAUGCUGCAUAGACAAGGUAAUUGGUAGGAGAGACUAAAAUACAGACCUCUGUUGCUGAGGAACAGCAUACGCACAAAGGCUCCAUACAAAACCCUUCAUCUGAUGUUACAUUUAAUCCAGAGUAAAAGACUAAAAUACUUCAUUCAGGGUGCCUUGGUCUAGUUUAGAAUAAGAGCCCUUAGAUACUACUGUGGUAGAACUUACAGGUCAUGAAAGAGAGAGAAAACAAUACACCUGAAACAUGGUGAUCCAAAAACAUCGCAGACCAUUGCAGAACACUUCUAACAAUAUGAUUCAGGUCGUUUGUUUAAGAGGAUUUCAUCCACAUGUCAACAUUCUGAUGUGGUGGAUCUGGACAACAUCCUCUUAUGCAAAGAAACUUGUACCAUCAAGGCAGAACUGUCUAUAUGAAUGGUUCUUUUUAUGAACCGCUUCCACCCUUUGCUGAAGCUUUUAAUUCAGGAUAAUACUGUGAAUCUUUUUCAUAGACUUCAAAGGCCACUCUUAAUUCAUUUUAGCCUUUUGAAGGUAUUAUGUUGGUUAUGUGAGGCUUUCAGUUUCAAGGGCCUAAAAAUGGUAUUAAGUUAUGUGUGCAAUGGAUUGCUCAGUCUAAUGUUAUCCCUGUGUGCACAGAAGUGCAGCAUGGGUUCUAAAGAAAAAUUGACAGUCAAUCAUGAACAUAUGCAUUUUGCAUUGGUCAGACAAACAAUGUGUAAUGUAACUAUACCGUUAAAGUCAUCAGCUCCACUUCUUUAAGUCUGUUUGACUACAGGCAGGUUGUAAACAUAUUGAGAGAGCAUUUUUUUUAUACAGUUAAGUGGUAAAGAUCAGAGCUUGAGGCAUGUGUCAGUGAUAUUUCAAGGAAAUGGGAAACUUGAGUUGUGUGCAGCAAACGUGGUUCUCAAAGAUCAUGUGUUUAAUUUUCCUGUCAAGGACUAAUCCCAACCCUUGUGACAGUGGCAUUUGCAGGAAGCAGCAGAAUAAGUUGAAGUAGAUUUACUGAAUAUAGUACAGCUUAAACUGGCAGAGAGAAGAGAGAAAAGUCAAGCUUGGUGAACUCUCUUCCAGCGCAUAUUCGGGGAGUAUAAUCCAAAGAAUAUGCUGCUCUGAAUAUCACAUCUUACAUAUUCUGUUACAUCACUGACUUUUUGUUGUAAUUCAACAUUGCUAGAGCACGAUGAAGGACAGUAGAGGUUGAAAUCAAACACAGAGAUUCACAAACACAUCUCAACAAUACAGAGAAUCUCUACCCAUCUACAACUGAACAUAUUGCAGUUAUGAUAGCCAGUGGACCAGUAGCAGUAAAAAAUGUGAAGUGUGUAUUUUGAAAGUGGAGGGAGAAUUGUAGAGAUUUUUUUUUCUUCUGGCAGAAUCUUGGGCUCCAUCUGAUAACUGUCAAGUUCUGGUUAAAGUCACAAUUUCAGGCAUGCUGUUUUACAGUUUAAUGCAUAAAUUCACAAAGCAUUUUCAUUACAGGUAUGUAUGGCUCCAAAAUAGGCUGCAUAGUGGGAGCCAGGUCUUAAAAAAGCUUGUUGGUCACAAAAAAUGCCACCCAACAAUGCGUGCGAAGAAAUUUUGAUAAAAUCAUUAGAAUCUGUUUUUUUUUUUUUUUCUUUUUUUUUUGCUGCUUACGUACUGCUUUUGAACAAUUCUUCCAUCACAGUGCAUGUGACAGGGACAAGAGCCCAGAAUUACACAUCGCAAUCUCCAUUACUCUCUAAGGAUGAAUGAAAUUCCCCUCUAUACUUGUUCAUGCACCAGUUCAGAAAAAUGAAGGUGUCUCAGUCUGUCAACUGGCAACCUACAAGCAUUACAGCUUAAGGGCAGGGCCCUAAAUCACUUCAGACAAAUUAUAACCCAUCUUCAGAGCUGUUGAUAUUACAGCCACCUUGUCACUCCCUUUUUGUGACCACAGCAAUCACUGUUUACAGUCCAAUCAAAAUGCCAUUCUAAAUUAUAUCUUCUCUUAUUUGUUUUGGCUUAUCUCUAAAAAUUUAGUUGAAAAGUAGGGAGAAAAUAAAGAGUUGUUAAGUACACAAAGUAAAUCCUCUCUCAAACUGUUAAAGUUCAGGGUCUGAUUGUUGUUACACACAACUACCAAGUUCAAGCAAGGUUUGAACAGAAUGUGUCUGUGUUUGUCAAUUAAAAUAAAUGCAGCAAUGCAAGCUGUUGUAGUAUUAAGCUCAAAACCCACAGGAUGGAUGUUCAUGACACUCUGUCAGUGUUGUGUGCUAUGCAGCAAAUACGUUCCCGUUCUAAUCAAUGCAGCAUCGCACACAGGAAGCGUUGCAGUGCAUUUCAGCUCUGUUCAAGAAGCAUCUCAAGCUUGUGCUAAUCUGCACAAAGAAGAGCGUCCUAGAAAGGAUGUCAAGCAUGGGAGAGACGCAUGUCAUCCAGUAAAUUCAAAAGUCAAAUACCACAAACACCAAUCUUGACUAGGGUUGGGUAUCGAGAAUCGAGUAUCGAUGGGGACCGGGACUAACAUUUCGAUUCUUCCGGUAUCGUUCAAAUAUUAAAAUUUCGAUUCCAAGUUUCGAUGCCGGAGUCCGCCGACCGGAAGAAAUAGCCACAGAAAAUCAACGAAGAAGAAGCCACUUAACACCAAUGAGGACGGAGCGUAUGAGACGAAGCCACACAGAAAGUGACGAGAGACAGAGAGAGACCGUACAUUGCAACCCACAGCAAUGCAGCCGCUGAGGGUUACAAUGCACUCUCUCUCUCUGUCUCUCUCCUCUCUCUCUGUGUGGCUUCGUCUCAUACGCUCCGUCCCCAUUGGUGUUCGGCAGCUUCUUCGGUGGUCAAAAGUUUGGCUAACUUUAGCAGGAAGAAUGAACUCUUAUCUCAAUACAACAUUAGCAAUACAGUUAUAUCAUGCAAAGGAGGGUAAACGACCAACAUGAUUAAACACCUCAGGAUUCAUUGAGGAGAAAUACCCGAGUGCCCGUCUUUGACGCGCUUCGCCGGUGUUGUGCCAAAGAAUGCACCCCUGCCGUUGAAUGCACCCCUGACGGGACCGCGGUUGAAAGUACACAACAAGGCGAAACAAUCCAAGUUUUCCUUACUGUUGAACGGAAUCUAAAGCGUGUGCCUUUAAUGAUUUCAUUCAGGCUAUUCAGAUAUGCUGAAAACAAUAGCCCUCUGAUUCGGAGUAUUUACUGUCCCGAAAAUAUGAUGCUCUCUACCUUAACAGCUUACUGUACAGUUUAUAUACCCAAGUAUACCUCUAUGUGUGCAUUUUUGAGACACAUAAAAACAAAACGAAAGUUUACUGCUCCAUUUGACAUGUUUUCAUUAUCUAAUACUUGUGGUUUUUUUUUAAUAUGAGAUCAUUGUCUUACACUUUAAGAAGCUAAUGAGUGGAGGGGAGGCAUUCUAUGGCAGGGGUUCAUUCUACAGCACAACACCUGUCUUCCGCUAACCAGUCAGGAUCAGAUAAGUGAAACAAUAAAUUACUUCUGUCCUCUGCUUACAUUGAAGCGGUAAACAAAUUGUACUGAGUACAGUGAGUAAACUUAAUAUAUUCAACUAACAUUAGCCCAUGUACUUUUUCAUAGACAAACAACCUGACAAAAAAAAAUGAUAUUUAUAUACUGGUUGAAAAUAGCCCUUUGAGAAAUUCAAAGUAAAGUUCUUAAAAAGUUAAUAUGAUUAAAAAAUUCAUGGAGAAGUUCAGAAGUUUCAUCUAAAAAGAUGAGCUCCGGUUAGCGCCCUCAUUCAAACUAUGCUUUUUCUUUUUUUUUUUUAUAUCCUGCCUUUUAAAAGAAUCGAAAUAGAGAAUCGAUAGGAAUUGGAAUCAAAUCGAGGAAUCGAAAUCGGAAUCGGAAUCUGAAUCGUUCAAAAUCAAACGAUACCCAACCCUACUCUUGACUGUUUAUCGGUUCAUGUAGAUGAGAAAUACUUCCUGGUUAUGGCUUCAUCAUUAAAACUAAACAACCCUGUGGCCUAUCCCUGAUCCAUGAGGACCACAACAGGACUUUUAGCGGCUAGCUCUGUCUGAAGGUAACAUAGAGUGUCCAAACGUCCUGUUCCCAGGACAUGUUCUGUUUCCAGACAUUGGGCACUGAAGGUUGUCUAAGAACUCUGUCCACUGCAUGGUCCUUCCCGUAAAUAGCAGGGCUAUCUAUCACCUUGAAAUCUGGAUGAUAAGCAAGUCUUUACAGUAAAAAAGGAAAUUUUGUGACACUAGUCAGUUUUGAAUAAAAUUGAUGGGAUUUCUGUUUCUGAGGACACUUCUGAAAUACUCUUGCCAUGCAGUCUUCUGCCAGUAACCUCCCUGAUCAUUGCACUGCAUAAUAAACUUACCCUUUGGAAAUAAGAUGACUUUUUAUCUAAGGAAGAUAAUGCAGAAUUUGAUAAUCAGCUAAACCAGACCUGGGGCCUCAUGUAUCAACACUUGCAUGGGACUCAUACUGGAAACGAGGGCAAUGUGUCAGCCGUGGUGCCGGCUUGCGUAACCCCGGCCCGCGGCAGCCUGUCCGCUGGCUCGGAGUCGUCGGCCAGGACCAGCGGUAUUCGGGCCACCCCAGCCCCUGGCCCCAGCACCAGUGCGCCGACAAGCGGUGGAGCGUCCACAGCCGCGGCGCUUCUGCUGGACCACCCGGACGCAGUGGAAGGGUCCUCACGGAGGCGGUCCUGCAAUCGUAGGAAGAAAUCAUCAGGGGGAUCAUGGGGAUCAACGAGCGGCUGGACCGGCUCGUAAAUGUCCUUGAGCGUCUGGUGGAGAAAAUAAAUUAAUUUGGCUCAUUGAACUGUGUAUUCACUUCUAACCCAUUCACAUUGUGGCGAUGAGAUUCUCCCGCACGAGGACGGCGGCCCGGCAGGGAUCAGCUCGCAUCCCUCCGUCUGCUGCUGGUUGGUCAUGUGGGGUGACGUGCUGCUCGGCCACGGGGAUGUGGUGCACGCUUAUUAUAGUGAGUCACCAAACACAGCCACACAGUGUCGCCAAAGUGCCGUCAACGCAAGUAUCGACUCAAUGCCAGCUUCUACACAACCUCCUCACUUUGCGUGGAUUUGCGCUGGAACCGACGCUUGUGUCGCGAUGAUAAAUCUGGAUGUGUGCGCCGAUCUUGGCGAACGCAAGGUUUUCUGGCGCCACCAGCGUUGAUACAUGAGGCCCCUGAUCUUUUAUGUCAAUGUUACAAUGUGACAAUGUCACUUAACAGAUGCUUUUGUCCAAAGCCACAUACUCUUGACUCAUGGUUGCACUUAUUUUUAGAUUGACAUGAAGUUGUUACAUUGAAAUUUGACUACUUCUUACAGCUGAGAGGAAUGUGAGUCCUUAUUAGCCUGAUUUGAUAACAUUUGACUUUGUGUCUGACUCUGUACUGUUUAAGAGGUCAAAGUUAAAGAUUUGCCAAAACUACAAACUAAAGGUGAGUGAAAUUGUUUACCCAAAAACUCAACUUAAAGUUUUGGGAUGUAGGGAACUUGAUUUGUGUGAUUUGAGUGUGUUCUGAAAUGUGUCUGGAUCUUACAUGUUUUUGCUCAUAUACCUUCUUUAUUCUCUGCAGUCCAUCAGCCACAAGGCCAGGCAGCUGUGUGGGGCACCGGGUAUGGAUUCUGCUGGCCAUGGCUCACCUCACUUUGGACUUCUCUGUCUGCAGUCCCCUCAGUCAGGGUCUCGGGGUCAAACUCACUCCUAAAUCAGUGCCUCGCUCAAGACCUCGCUGGCAGCUUCUCUGGGAUAUGCCCAACAAGCUUCACUGGAAAACAGUAAGCCCGUUAGCUCGCCGACUCCUAAACCCACUCCCUUCACCCCAAGACACCAGGGCAGGGUUUGGGAUGAAAGUUAAGGGUCAAAUGCACUGGAGACCAGCAUAUAGAGGACAAACAGCAUGUAAGGAGUGCCAAUUGAGAUACCUUCCAAAGGAGACAAGUAAUACUUUGGCUGAACAGACUGGUGCUUUAUUCAGCGGGAGUGCAGGAGACACCGUUAGGUUGUUACUCAGAGCCAGGAGGCAGCUUAAAUUGGAAAACGACAAGUCUCAGGAGGGCCGGACUACAACAGUGGCUGGAUUUAUAGACUGGGGACCCACCGGGACAGAUAGCACUGAUGAUGAUAGCAAGCUGGAGUCAAAUGUAACACUGUCUACUAGGGUCUCAACAACCAUGGUGGCAGCAUCCACUAGCACUACAACAAGGCUCUCACAAAGGACGUUCACUGUGGUGACCACACCAGAGCCUAAGAUAACCACCACCAAGGCCACUGUCAGCUUCGGGGAAACUGUAAAACCACCAAAGCCAUAUGGGGACACACCAGGUAGGACAAAAAAAAAACCUGACUUUUUAUGGUUAAGAUGAUUGAAAACCAUCUAGAUUUUUUAUUAGUCAUGUUUAGUCAUGAAGUCAUGUUUUGUUUCUGCUUCCAAAUGCACAAUUUCCCCUUUUGUUUUAACCUGCCAACAUUUUUAUUUCAAGAUAGCUUAGCGCAGUAAACUUUUUUUUUUUAUGAGGCAGGAAAAAAAAGAAAGAAAAAAUGAAGUAAUGGCCCUCAAAAGUAUAUGUUGUGAUAUCAUGGAAUAUCCUAAAUUUAUAACAGUUAAAGCCAUUUACAGGAGUGUUGAUUUAAAUUGAUGGCAAAUAUGGAUCCAAAUUGAUAUUAAGUAGGAACUUAAAUGCCAAAAAGAAAAAAAAAUGAAAGGGGAGCGCAGCACUGGUCAUAUUGGCACUAUGAGAUUCCAACCACCACCAACACAUAUAUCAUGGCCCGAAUUGACAGUUGUUUCUCUGUCAGAGCUUUGCUUUCCACCAAACAUGUGCGGGUCUUGUGUGGGAAGCCAGUGUGGGAUCACAACAGAAUUAUUUGGCUCUAGACUCUAACUGAUUGUGGGUGUACAUGGAGUUUAACUGCCAUAAAUAAUGCUAAUAAUAACUGUAAGUUUUCUCCUCUUUCAACAAAUUGAUUAAGCAAGGUAAAAGUUAAUUCUUUGUUUUUACAAUAGCACAUGACCACACAAUCUACAAUUCAUUCAUAUCAUGGAGCUGAGAGGAUAGCACCUUGUUCACUAUGAAUGUCCUUGAUAAUACCGUGGCUAUGGUGUCUGAAAUAUGGUCAUAUCAGGUUAUUUUUAUGGACAGCUCCUCUGUGCUCUUGACACACAAACCGCCAGCUAAAGCAUAUUUGAUUUAACAUUUCAUUAAGUCCACAAGGAGCACAGCUUUUAAAUGGACCAUACAGGAGAACAUAAACUAUAAGUCAUGUUUAACAACGUAGGAAGAUACACUAUGCUAAUUGAUGCUUUCCCAUUUGGGGCAUUAAUAUAAAUGUCAUAAAAUUAUGCAGCUAAUAGUAGGGUGUUAAAAGACUUUGGCAAGCUCCUACUCAAUUCAAGCAAAAAAUGAGUCAAGAUACAGAGAAUGAGAAAAUAAAAUGUUGGAUUUACUGUUAAGAAAUACAUAAUGUAUAUAUGUCAAAGCUUUUAUCAUGAUGAACAUUUUAACAUUUUUAACUAAUGUUAACAAUAUUUCCACUUACAAAACAUUUGACUUAAAAUAUAUAUUUUUACUCCUAUAUCGAAUUGGAAUGAAAAAAGAAACAAAUUUUAUGUGGCAGUCUCAUACAUGAAAACCUAAUCCUUACAUAUUAUUAUACUAUAUUAUACGAAAAAAUCUGGUAUCUUAGCAGCUGUCAUCCAUACUUAUAGUGUAGCAAAGGUAGAGGUUGUCUUUAAUACUCACAGCAUGUGAAAUAAGGAGCUGUAUGUAGUUAUCUUAUGUAGUAUGUAGUCACACUGUAGCAGUGUCAUGAUCUUCUCAUGAUGUUGUUUAUGUAGAGAUCUGUUGAGAUUGUGUAUACAGAUGUACUUCAUUCAGGUCCUAACUGAGACUGGAUGAUUAAAAACUUCUCUUAUUCUGAUCAAAACACCCAGGCUAGCAAUGUUAGCUCAACAUAAACUACAUUUGCAAUGUAUUACGUUUUUUAUGACUAUUACAUAGUCACAAACUUGCUUCACAAAGGAUCAGAAACAUUUCUAGCCAGACUGUCGGUUUUAUCUUGAGAUGACUGAAAAUGCGUUCACCCCUAAAAUCAGCAGUCUGCAAGGACUUCAUUCCCUUGACUCAUGGAUACUGUUGGUAGCACAAAUGCAAAGCAGUAGUAUACUUAGUUUUAGACCCCAUAAGGCAUCUGUACAUUAUAGCUGCAAUGGUCUCAAGCUCUGUGUGUGUGAGUGUCGGUGCAAGUGUGUGUUUUUGCAUCCUGUGUGUUAAUGUGUGUACAGAAGUGGGGGUGUUAGGGGGCUCUUAUGAUUUUAUUUUAUUUUAUUUUUUUGUGGCUGUGAAAAGAAUUGUCAGCAUACAUGGUUAGUACAAAUGACAAAAGUCUCAUAAGGAAUCUACAAUAUCUGUCUGUGCUUUUCCCCUUUUUAUUUUCUUUUUGGAUAUUUUGCCAGCUACUUCUUUGAUGACAGAGUAAAUGUAAAAUGAUGUGAGUGCAGGCGAUUCUGCUCUUUUGUGAGCUCUCACAGCAGUCUGGCCAUCAUUCAGGAGCUGGAGUGGGGGUGAGGGGUGGAGCUGAGAGCUCUGGUGCCUCCAGAUGCUCACUGAUUGUUCCCGAUAAUUGUACUAGCCAUCGUGACUGUACACAGAUGUAGCUGUCAGCUCCAUUAUGAUUGUGUGACACAAACUGGACUGAAUAGAAGCCACUACUGGUAACUUGGGUCAUCAGUCCGAGUGUCACAAGUAAGCAGUUACGUUAAAUAAAUACAUUGUUCCUGCAACAGGACUCAUCAAGUUAUAAAGUUCGUGAAAGAAGGGAGUGUUAAGGAAAUGGUACGAAGGCAAACUCGUAAAUUAUGUGCUGAUUGUCUCAGCUAUCGAUAUUUAAAAAGAGAGUUCAGUGCUCAUUUUAAUGCAUGAUUCUGAUCUAAAGUAGACCUGUAGAGGCAACAGAUUUUCUUCAACAAUGAAAGAUACAGAGGGAGAGAGAAACCAUUUUCUCAUCUGUAACCAUGGCAAUCCAAUAAUUUUGCCAUUACUCUCUGUACUGAUUCUCAGGAAAGUGGGUAAAACUGAAUCUCCUUUUCUUGAGCGUUAAAUCGACUUAAACCGUGAUGCCUGGUGACAGGCAUGCAGAGUUAAACCUCCUCUCCCUGAAAGCCAAGAAGCAAUGAAGGGGCCAGACUGAGCAGAUGCUGCUCAUCUCUUUCUUCAUGGACUGUGCAAAAGGAGAGAAGAACAAAUGCUGACUGCAAUAAUGUAGUGAUUACAGUUAAGUGUUGAAUGUGGAUAGGGGAGAAUUUAAGAAGCUUUUUUAAAACUUUACCGAGUGUAUGAUGUGGUCAGUUUCUCGAACAUUGCUUGACUUAAAUAACAUAAAUAAAGACAGUAUUUAUUAGUGUUAGUUUGGAUAAGAAAUGUAAGGCAUGUUUACCAGGCUACUAACAUCCCAACUAAUACAGCAAAGACUUUAAGGAUGUCACUUUUCUUGGCAGCACUGUCAUUUUGUAUCUAACUGAAAAAAAAAUCCUGAAAUAUCGUCAUCUGUAUGUUAGGGGUGGAUCCCCUAAAUUAUGGAAAUAAACAGGUCAGGUUAACAAGCCAAAUAAGUCCCCCUCUGAGGGGGCAUUAUUAACGCAAUACAUUUUGAUGAGCCCUUUUUAAUUGUUUUGUCAGCUAGCCUGACUGAGCUUUGCAGCAAUGCUUUUGACAUUGAGACACAAAGGCCUGUUGAGUCAUUGUUUCAGAUCUCCUCCUCUUUAACUUUUACUCCUUGUUCACUCUCUGCCCCCUUCCUCUGGGCACCUUUUUUUUCAGUGAGUGUUUUAGAUGGUGUGGUGACUCAGUGGAAAUCAGCCCAGAUUGACACCUCUGCAAUGCUGUUAAUUGGCAAUUUCUAACUAUCAACAGGCCACCUUUGACAGAAGUCUUUCAGCAUCCUACCCUGCUCAGGACGGUUGUUAUAGAAGAGAAAGGUCAUGCAGCAUUAACUGAUUAAGCCUUUUAAAAUGUGUGUGUGUGUGCGUGUGUGUGUGUGUGUGUGUGGCCUAACAAAGUUCACAGUGUUCUAGACUUUCAGCAGGAUUAAAAACCCCUAUAACAACCGUUAUCCAUUAUAUAUAAUGGUUGUUCUGUCUCUAGGUGUAAUGGAUAGCAGAUUUUAUUUGCUAUUUCAGCUCAGCAUAUUUUAUGUUCACAAGCUUGUGGUUUUAGAGACAGAGUUACUUUGCUUGUAUUAGUUAUACUUUUGGACAAUGGUGAGGGAUACUGUUCUAUUUCUCUUUUUUUGAAGGAGGAUGCUUGGUUAUGGUGUCUGCAGCCCCUUUAACCCAUGCACUGAAUUCCUCUAAUCGGGCAUUAUACAAGUAAAUGGACUGUUUUUGAAUAGAACUUUAUCUAGUCCUCUGAAUACUUAAAGCCCCUUUACAUUACAUGUCACAUCAACCCAUUUAUGUAAACCUUACCUAUGAAAUAAUGUAUCACUAGCACUGACAUGUUUACUUUGCACUCUGGUGAGAUACAAAAUACUUUUCGCUGUACUGUACUUGUACUGUACAUUGACAAUAAAUUGAAUCUCAUCUCAUCUCAUCAAGUGUGAAUGUGAAUUUCUCUUGGAGAUGAACAAAGUGUCUAUGUAUUCAUUGAUCUAAAAAAAAAAAAUCCUAUUAACAGCACUGGCUUGACCGCCAUGGGACCUGGAAUCAAACCCCCAACUUUCCAACUGAAAGACAACUGACAUAGCAGAGGGAAACAGAAAGAGAUGAAAAUUCAAGAGGGAAACCAACACUGCAUUACCAAAGCUAAAUUACACGUCUCUUUAAUAUAGCUAUCUAAAAUUACCCCAAAGAAAAGAAAAGAAAUAUAAUGAUGAGUUUUCAAAGGUGCCACAAACAGACAUUACCUUCAACUCCAGGCUAUCCUUUUGUGACUAAGCUGAAGAUCUUUUAUUAAAAGUAGGCAGAAAGAGGAAUUUAAUUUACCCCCUAUGUUUUCUUUGACAUGUUCAUCAAACUGUCAUGGUCGUAAGGGCUCAGAUCUCAUUUAUUUCUUGCUGUGAGCGUGAAGGGGACUCAAGUCCUGCAGCCAACAAGGUCAGAAGCUAGCUGUUCCCCCCUCUUUGUUUCUUUCUUUUCAGUCGCCCCCCUCUUUCUAUCCAUUUUCCUCUCAGCUGCAGCAGAGAUUUGACCAAACACAACCAAUCUGAGUAUUUAUAAAGCAAAGUAACAAAAAGUAAUUUUCCAAAUUUAGAAGCAGAAUCAGAAGCAGAAUCCACUUUAUUGGCCAAGUAUGUGUACACAUACAAGGAAUUUGAGCCCUGUAAACGUUGCCCUCUAUGUACAAACAUUAAACAUGCAAUGUUACACAAAAUGACAAAAAAUUACAAUGUACAAACCAAAAUAGACAUUUUACUCAUAAAUACAAGACAAUAGUGCAAUAAUAAGGAGUGCAGUGGAGUGAAGAGUGGUUGUAAAUAUUUAACUCUUCUCUUGCCCACCCUGGGCGGUAUUGUGUCUCUUCAAGCUCGGGUCCUUGACCAGAGGCCUGAAAGCUUAAGCUCCAUAUUCUGCACAGAUAUUCCUGUACACUAUACUGGCUACUUGGUUGUAGCGUUCCAUGUAUGCUUUUCCGACCAGCAUCUUACAUCCUGCUGUUAGGUGUUUGACUGUUUCAGGGCCCUCUUUGCACAUGCCUGGUAUGGUAGAUCUGGGCCUCUAUUGCUUUGGUACUCAUGGCUUGUUCUUGUGCCACCAUGAUUAGUGCCUCUGUGCUGUCCUUCAGUCCUGCCCUCUCCGGCCACUGGUAGGAUUUGCUCAUAACAGCCACUUCAGCUAUCUGUCAGUGGUACAUCCCAAGCAGGGGUUUUUCCUCCCAUGAUGAUUCCUCCAGUCCCUCCUUACCUGUCAGUUUCCAUUGUCUGAGACACUCACUAAGUGCUCCAUCUCUUGGGACCAUCUUCCUGAUGUAGUCAUGGAGCUUGGAUGUUUCCUCUUGGAUAGCAGCUCUGAUGCUCACUAACUCUCUGCCUCCUUCUUUGCGCUUAGUGUAUAGCCUCUGGAUACUGGACUUGGGGUGGAAUCCCCCGUGCAUGGUGAGCAACUUCAGAGUUUUAACAACUGUGGCCUAAAUUUCCUCCUUGUUUCUGCCAUUGAGCUGACUCUAUAGGACCUGCCUUACUCGCUUCAGGUAUUUGGCCAUUGCUGCUUUCCUUAUGGCCUCUUAAUGGUUGCCAUUUACCUGUGGUAUGCCAAGGUGUUUGUAGCUCUCAGCCACAUCCGCUAUUCUGCUUUCUGGGAGUGUAGUGCCCUCCAUAUGGACUACUCUCCCUUUUUUCAUCACCAUUAGGCCAUACUUCUCCAGUCUGAACGACAUUCCAAUGUUACUCACUUGCUUUUAGUGUACAGCUUGAUGUCAUCCAUGUAGAGGAGGUGGCAGAUGGUGAUCCAAUUUCGGAGUUGGUAUCCGUAGCCGGUCUUGCUGAUUUGAGGGGAUCUUGCUGGCUGAGGGGAUUCAGCCAAAUAUAUAUAUAUAUUCAUAUAUAUAUUAUAUAUAUAUAUUUAUCAUGACAUUACAGGUGGGUUAUUUAAAUUAGGUAAAUAUACAAUAUGUUUCACGGAAUGACCAGCAAAUAAAUGAAAGGUGCCAUGGCAUGAAAAACUGACUUUGUUAAUGGGACGGGGGUGCAUAUCAGGGAUAGAAAACCGCUACAAUCCCCCCAAGUUCGAAAAAAUUCCAUCCAGUCGUUUUUAGUUAUCUCCGUAUUUAGGAACUGUGUGCUCAGAGCCGGCCGUUCUGAAAACUCCACUGACAUGACAUCAUGUCAGUGCUGGCGGGUUGAAGGUACUGCCCAUGGAGCCACCCACUGCCCUGCCCACUAAUUUAUCAAAACAGCACCAUUAUUCCUGGCCGCUCGCUCGCAUAGCUCCGGUUAAAACCAUGACGAAAGUACAAUCUAAAAAAGAGGCAGCGUUUGCUCUGUUGUUGGCUGCACAAACGAGCACAAAACUCUUUUGAAAACUCCCUCGUCGGAGGAUUUGGGGACUCAAUGGGUGGAUUUUAUUUAUAAUGGGAAUGUACCAUGCACUUCCAAAAUAUCUGUAUGUAUGUGCGCACCAUUUCACUUCGGACUGUUUUAUCAACAAGGGACAGUUCAACGCUGGAUUUGUUAGAUGUCUGAAGAUAAAGAAUGGAUCCAUACCAACUAUCCAUGAUCCUACUACAAACGUGGCAUCUGUAAGUGUAAACGUUUUAUUUUGACUUACUGUUUAGCCUAAAUUCCCCCCGGUGCCUCAGCACGGCCACCACGCUUUGAUAAACACACCGGAUCCAUGCCGGUUUACCGGAUCCUCCCGUAUUUUAGCCGCUCGCUUCUUCCCUGACAACUCCGCCGGCGGGUGACAAAAUCCCCCUCCGGAGCAGCAUGUAGCUUUAGCAUUUACCCGUGCGGCGACGCGCCUCUUUUGGCUCCAAUACAGGAAGUCCCGGCUAAUGCUGGACGGUCGGCCAUCCUAUUAAUUAGCAAAGGCUUCAGAGAAGUUUUAGAGCACCGAUAUCUUACAUUGUAGCAGAGCUCUGGUUGUAAUUUUUUCUACAUUCAUAUCUUCCUCUUUAAGCGUGACCCUCCUGGCGGCUUUGAAUAAUAUAUAGGAUGUGUCGACUAGGUUGCUUCAAGUCGCGUUUGGUCUGAACGCGGCUAAAAGUUUCUUCCGGAGCCUCUCCCUCUGGGUCAGACUCUGGCUCAAACUGGUAGGGUUGUACAAGCGAUCUUCUUGCAGCCAUGACCGAGCCAGUAUAAACAUUAGCACAUGGCUAUCGGAGCACAGCCACAGCCCCUUCCAGAGAGAUGGGUGUAAAGUGGACGUGGCUUAGGUGCAGCUCAUUUCAUUAAAGAGACAUGGCCCAAAACAGAGGAUUUUGAGCGGAGCUGAUUUUAGCUGAUAAAAAGAGCACAAAAAUAAUUGAUCCAAAUUGAAUUUUGACCGAAGGACGUCACAGACACGCUUUUAACACACCGGGGGACUAUUUUAAGUUGUGUGAAAUUGGCAUGCCAUGGGACCUUUAAAAUACUUAACAGUGGGCAGAGGUGUGUACCCAUGUUCAUAUAUUACCUGGUUAAACAGAAAUAAAAGUUCCUGUCUGUCACAGUGGUCGCUCUUGGCUCUGUAAAUGUUCGGAGUUCAUCAGACUAUAUUCGGUUUCAAAUGUCAUCUUGAAGGAACUCUUGAUUUUCCUUUGUCCACUUUGUUCAUAGAGAGCUGUUCCUGACAAUAGGAUUUUUAGAAACCAGAGUUAGAGUUGCAGAAAGAAACAGACACGUCCAUCAGUCUUGUACAGAGGAGCUUUUAACAGGCAAAAGUUUCGUUCAUUCCUUUCGUUCAGAAUGAUAAUUCAAAUAUUAAAAAACAAAUGAAAAAUAAAUAUACAAAGCUUGCAGACCUUGCAGAACAUAACACAUAAAAGACCGAAAAGAUCAGUAUUAUAUUUCCUUAGCUCCACAAAUAAUACAUGCUCAUGCACCACUUUUAUCAUGCUUUUUGUAGUUUUACAAUGUGUGUUAAACGUGUGUUUGGAGAAAACAGUCAUGCAAUGUCACUUUAUUUUAUUUUUAUUUAUUUAUUUUGAAAGAGCAAUUUGUUUGCCACAUUUUUAUUGAACCUCCAGCCCACUAUUGCCAUCAACACUUAAUCACCAAUCAAACCAUUCUGGGAUGUCACUGUGAGUCACCAUGGUAAGUAAGUGGUAAUUCUCUUGCAGUCUUGACUCAUGAACAACAGAGACUCAACAGUCCUGGGUCUCUGUUUGGGUAUUUGGGGCUCUAUAUUGCUCCACACAUGCUCAGUUGGGGACAGAUGGGGACUGCAGGCAGGCCAGUAACCACACGUUCAUACCACAAAGCGACACCAUUGUAACCCAUGUGGAAUGUAGAUUUUUCUACUUUGGGUCAGUCCAUCUCAGAUGAGCUCAGGACCAGAGAAGCUGGCGGUGUUUCUGACUGUUGUUGAUAUAUGUCUUUGUCUUUGCAUGGUAGAGUUUGAACUUGUAGAUGUAGAGACAAACUGUGUUAACUGACAAUGUGUUUUUAAUGGUGUGCCGUCUGAGGGGUCAAAGGUCACAGUCAUUCAAUGUUGAUUUUGGGCCUGCAGAGAUUCCUCUGAAUCCUCUAAAUCUUUCAUCUUCUUGGACUGUCAUCUUGGACUGUAGAUGAUUGAAUAUCCAAAUUCCUGCAGUUGUAGGCGGAGAAACAUUGUUUUUAAACUGUUGGGCUAUUUGCUCACGCAGUUGUUGACAAAGUAGUAGACCAGGGGCCUAUUCUACGAAGCAGGAUUACUGCUUAGCGAGGUAACUUCGAGGGUAAGUUCAGGGUUUCUUGUUCUACGACGCGGGUUCACUUCUUAAUGAGGUAAGUCUCCAUGGCAACGUUCACUGAACGGCUAACCUGCUCCGGGGCAGGUUAGGUUCCAGAUUGAACUCACCGAGUAUAAAAACCUCGCCCAUUGACCAAUGAGCUCUCUCGAAAAAUGGCUUGUUUGUUCUUGUAGGAUCCUAUAGACCUCGGUGCUCGCAUUGUCCGAGGAGCACAGAGUUUUCAGGGACCGCAUGGACCCACUUACUUUUCCGAAUGACCACCUUUAUGAAAGGCUCAUAUGGCCUACAUAUCACACAAAAAUGUAAACACGAUAGGAAUGAACAAAUAAAUUAAUUCAUCUUGGAAAUGAAUUAGACAUGUCUGGUGCAUGUUAAAAGUGCAUGUUGAACAGUGCUAUUUCAGGGUGAUAAUGGCAUCAAAGAUUAAUUUUCUGCCAGUAUUCCUUCUGUGCUUUUGCAGCAGCGACGGUGUUGCUUUUGAGGUUUAUGAUAGAUUUGAAUUCUUCAUACUUUCUCAUGAUCGUCUCCUGCUCCACGUUUGUAAAGUACGCGGUCCUUCGCUCUCCGGCCUGCUCUGACGCUCCAGACUGGUCAAUGUUCGCGAUUGGUGAGAUGCAGUGGGCUCCGCCUUACAUGCGUGCAAGCACUCAUAGCAAAGCUGGAUCCACUUACGAGGUUGAUAACCAGCGUCGUAAGACCGUUUAGCGAGACCGCUGGCUACCGUGCUAAGUUGAGCAUGGUAGCUCCAAGGCUACCUUGCUAGGUUGAACUUGCUUCGUAGAAUAGGCCCCUGGCCCCAUUCUUGCUUGUAAACAACUGAGCCUUUCAGAGAUGGUCCUUAUAUGCCCAACCCUGACCCUCACCUAUUUCUAGUUAACCUGUUCACCUGUGGGAUGAUUCAAACAGAUGUUUUUGAGCAUUCCUCAAUUUUCCCAGACUUUUGUUGCCCCUGAACCAUUUUUUGGAACAAAGGAAUUAAUUUGAAAAUGACUAAAUAUUUGCAAACAAAACAAACAAACAAACAAACAAACAAAAAACCCAUCAGUAUUAAGCCGUGUCAAAGCCUUAGCAGUGUACUCCAGUUGGGUGGAUAUAACUCUCAUUCAGCUGCUUUUGUUUUUUAAUGUACCUUUCUGCAGCCUACCUGUGUGUGUUUGGGCUGUUUCCCCCCUCUUUUCUUCACUAUUAAAUGGUUGGCCAUGAUCACAAAUCUAAAGUUUUGCUGGUCCCAUUUGACAAUGCUGACAGAAACUUACAUUUUUGUUGCAUGCAUCAGUUCUGGCAGGUCGAAUUAAUGGGAUGUACGGUAUGAGGUUACCCCUGGCAUAGAUCAUUUUCAUAUCUUGUUUGUUUGUUUGUUUGUUUUUCUAAAUGAUUACACUUAAACUCAUCAUUUGAUCCGAAAUCCCCUGACUUUUGGACAUCAAUAAAAUAAAACCAUCUUACAGACCUUAGCUUGUGAUUAUGAUCAAAGUUCUGUCGGAAGUCUGACCCAUGUUAAUUUGUGACAAACUACAUUCAUGUAAUAACCUUGACAUCAGACAGAGACUAGCUGAAAAAGGGAGAGGGAGGGAAGAGGAUAUGAGAGAAAUGCAAAGUACUUGUCAGAUAAGUUAAUCUACUGUUGCUGUAGAAGGGACUCUGAUUGGACUGCGAAGGUAAAGCUGUCCUGCGACAGCGAGAGAUAUCGUUAAUCCAAGGUUGACCUGGUCUGCCUUUUGCAUGGGCCUGCCAACAGAAGGUUAUUAUCCAAGAGGAGGUUGUCCAGGCAGGCUAGCAGGCAAGCGGGCAAGCAGGCAGGCAGGCGGGCAGAGGAGAGGCCGUGUGCUUUUUACAAAAUGACGGGGCAGCACUUCCUUUUGAACAUCGCAAAGACAAAUUACCUUGGACCAGCAGCGAGGCAGCUGGCUGAUAGAGAAGUGAGGUGUAUAAGGUCUAUGUAGGCAAUUUCAUUAUGACAGCUUUUCUCUUUACUUUUUUUCUUCCUCUUGCAGCAGGUCACAGCCACAGUGUGUCAUUGUGCCUGAGCCACUCAAGGGCUCCAUCACUCACACAAACAACACGCAAAAAUACACAACAGAGUUGAGUAGGCUCCCUGAUCCUCAUUUUAGACAUGGGCUGCACAGUCUUGUUUUCAGAUCACUAUCCUCUGGCAAAAGUGAGAGAUUAGCACACAACUCUUGGCAGUAUGACAAGAAAAAUACUUUUGUAAUCAACUCAUUCAGAAUAAAGGAAACAGGCAGGGGGGCUUUGAUGCAUUUUCAUAUCUGCAAGCUGGUUAUGACGGAGUACAUGUAGUUUCAAAUUUUAGAAAAUUGGAAACUUUAUCUGGCUUUGCUUGGUCAAAUGAUGCUUUUAACCGGAUGCAUGGGAGUCUUGUUGAGUCGUGAAGUUAUGGUGACAUAGCUUGUUUUGCCCUGGUUAAACUUGUGAUUAUACAGAGGUUGUCUGCCUUCUUAGCUGUUAGGCAACAAACAACGCAAGUUUAAUCCAACCUUGAUUUCAUACUGAAUUUAUUUCUUUAGGUCUCAAAAUAUAGAAGAAUUUGCCCCAUACUGUUUUCUUAAAUAGUGUCUUUUCCAGCCUGUAUAGCCUAUACAGUAUGAUCAACUUUAAACUGUGUCUAUCUAACAAUUAUUCAUGAUGAUGCCGACUCACACAAAAGAUCAUUGCAGCACAUGACCCCUUGGAGGCUGCUUUUAUUUUUGGUCCCGAACUCAACAAAACAACUUGUUUUUUUCCAGCCUGAUGAGUGUUCCCCUUAUAGUUCUUUAAAGGGGACCUGCCAUCAAAAUUCCAUACCCAUUUUUAUCAUUUUUUCAUAAUCCUUGAUGUCCUCUGAUCAUGUUUGCAACAUAAUUUUAGCUGAAAAGUAUACCUAAAAAACCUUACAGGAAAAAUAACUGAUUUUGGCUCAUUAACAUUUAUAGUAAUGAGAUUUGCUCUGAUUGGAUUGCUGCUGUGAAGCCUGCUGUGCUCUGAUUGGCUCAGCAGUGGAGGUUCGGAUUUCGGUUUAUCCAUUUUGCUAACGUGUAUUAAAGUAAGGUGCCCAGAUGUCUGUAAUGAUACCCGGGGGAUAUUCGGGGACUUUCCCCGGAAAUCGGGGACGUCUGGUCACUUUAUGCUAAAGGCUAAAAAUGGCAGGUAUUAAACCAUAUAUUUUAGACCCCGAGUCCGAAGAGGAGGUGGAAGUUGAAGAAGAAGCCGGAGAUCAGCGGUGUUUUCAUUCACUCUGCCCAGCUUAAAGUUCAUUUUCCCGGCAGUGAACCCAAGGAAACACCGGCCGUUUGGAAGAGACCCAUAGCGGUAGCUGGGUCUCGCUCUGGCUGGAGAGUGAUGUUGACUGUGAAUGAGUACGAGAGAGAGACAGUGGGCGUGGCUCACCGAGGACGCGCUCGUGAAUAAUAAUGAGCAAGGUCAGUGUGACAUCAGAGGGACCUGCUUUUUCAAUUGGCCUGGUUUACCCGUUUCUUUCUUUUAAAACUUUACAGAAUGCAAACGACGUAGCGGUUUGUUUUCACAUUUACAACAUAAGACAAACAUAAUAUGGACCUUAUCUGACACAAAAACACACAAAAUUACAUUUUUGAUUGCAGGUCCCCUUUAAGGGGAACCUUGUAGUUCCCCUUAUAUUACUUGAGAUGCAUCACAGAGCAGGCAAACAAAUUAGAUGGCAACUGGUAAACACCACACUAAUGUAGGAGUUAUGUAAGCUUAUUGAGGGCUGGGCAAGUUUGUUUUUACAGCACAUUUCACCAACAAGGCUAUUUAAAGUGUAUUACUUAGGAGGUGAAGACUAAAUCAGAGCCUUGAAGAGAGAGAAUAACAGACUCACAUUCAGUAUAGUACUAUUUCUGACCACAGACUUCCAUUUACAGUGUAAUGCCCUGAAAAAACACAUUCACAGUGCCAUUAUAUCAAGUGUUAAAAAGGGGACAGAUCACUUCUUCAGCUGCUCCAAACAGGUUUGUCAGUGUGGUUAAAAGCAGCUUGAGUAGCCUACACUUUUUCUGUAAAGAUCUGUCAAAACAGAGUUCAGAAUUCUCUUCAAAAUGAAUGUUGAAUUUUAUUUUGCGUGACUGAAGUGACAAUUUGUGAACUGCAAGUGAACAACUCAAAGUUGUGUAACAGUGUGUAAAAUUGAAUAGAUUUUGUGAAUGAUAUACUGAGAAUAGUACAAUUUUCUUCUCAUAUCCACAGUGUGAUAAAAAUAUUGUAUUUCAUGUUGCUCUGUCUUAUCACACAUAGAUAGUCUCUGAUUAUUUAUUUGCUGUUAUAUUUAUCAUUUGUCUUUCUCUACCAAGAAUAAAGGCCUUAAAAAAUCCUCUUUACCUGUUCUCAAGAAUCACAUUAACCAGCAGAAGCUAGUGCUCAAGAGUGCCCUCAAUUCUCUAGCCUGCCUUCAUUAACAGACUUUAUUUUCAAAGCUUCCAGACUACCUACCAGGAUUACAUUUGAUCUAAGAGUUUUUGAUCUACCAUAUCAAGUCAUUCAUUCUUAGUCAGUUAGAAUCACAUUCUAAGCCUUAGGCGAAAUAUGUUGGUGCUUUCAGCUGAGAAAAUAUUAUAAAAUGUGCUCACCGUAUUAUUGUAUUGAGGCUGCACUUAAAAGGUGUAGAAAAUACACCUACAACAAACAGUCCUUUUUUCAAGUAUUUACAUUUUUGUAUUUACUACAAAAAAUCAACAACAACAAAAUUAUGAAAAGGGGUGCAGGCUCAUAGGACAGUUAAAUGGGAGGACAGUGAUGAUCUUUCAUGUUGUCUGCAAACACACACAGGCACACACACACAGACACACACACAGACACACACGUGUGUGCCCGUAAAAAAAAAAGGAACUGUAAUGCGCUCAUUCUGACACAUGCACCUCUUCAGGAGGUAGAGUGAGCUGUCAGCUGAUAUCCAGAUCAGGCUCUCACAGUGGAAGGGUCUUUGAGCAAAACUUAUAUAAUCUAUUGUUACUAAUGAUCACCAAAAUGAUUUGAAGGUCCCCAUGUCCAGUAUUUAAAAUUCAGAAAAUGUAUUCAUGGAUUAUUUUGGCCAAGCAGAGCCAGCCAGUCCUCUGCAUGUAUGCAAAUCAUCCAUUUGUGUGCCAAACUGAAGAAAGACAUAGGGCUCUAUUUUCGUGCCUCAUCGGAGAUGUGCCGCAGGCGUGGCGUAAGUCAGGUCCGCCGCGCCGACAAGGUGUUCCCAAGCACAAUUUGUUUUUUUUUGUGAGCAACGCAGCCCGGCGUAAGUAUCCCCCCUCCCUAACUCAGCUCCUCCCAGCGGCGUAAGUCGUAGCGAGGGAGGAGAAUGGGCAUGGAGUGGGUUUAACACAGCCGAGACCUGUUUUCACCAAUCACAUAAGCUCCUCUCCUUGCCUUUAAAUCCGCCACAGGCGAGGCGUAUUACUAUUUUCAUGAAGUAGUCAAAUGUCUGAAGACAGUAAUGCCACAAGAUGGCGACAGAGGGCAGCUCCUCAACAAGUGUCGCUGUAAGCGCUGCAUUGGGUGUCCUCCACACUCUCUCAUAUGAGCACAGAUGGAUUUGGUGUGUGUAAUGUUGGACCCACUGGUAAGACAAACACCCUUUUCCACAAAUAAAGACACUCACAUAAAGUUGCAUAUAUUCAAACCUCACGUGACAAAGGUGGGUUGAGCGCACAGAUCACAACAUAAACUCCAAAAAUGGCAUUAAAAUCUGAACCAUCUGUGCGUAAAUGACGCAUCGCGCUCCGUGGCCUGGCUCUUUCUUUCAUAGAUGUUGGCAUAUAAAAUAAAUUUGCCUCACAAAACUGAAUAUUAUAAUAUCCGUAUGUCGGCUUAAAGUAGAUAACUCAUCUGAGCACUGAAACAAAUCAUCUGUUCAGCUGCUGCUGCAGGACGGAGAGAGGACACGGAGACGUGUCCAGGUCGAGCUGUGCGAGAAAUAAGAGGAAGGAAGAAAAGGAGGGAGACGAAUUACAUAUCUUGUUAACUUCAUCAUGUGUGUUUAUUUACUAGAUAUUUAAUUUAAUUUGAUGCGGUUUCAGCUGUGUUGAUUCGGUCAGGUUGUGUGUCCAAACGCGUGCCAAACGCGCUCAUCAGAUCAGAUAUAAAUCAGAAUAUAUCUAUAUAGAUCUAAAUGUAUGUGCUGACUCAGAUUAUUAGUUGUUGAUGAUUAUUUAUUGCACUGAAAUGUGCCUGACACUGUGGAAACCUGCCGGUGAGGCAUCAGUGACAUAUGCCGAUACGCCGCCGGUCUACCAAAAUACUACUAGACCAGCUGUGUUCCGCCUGCGCUGAAAGCUGACCAGGUUUGAAUUGGCGAGCUUUCAGCGCACUUUACACGCCACUGGCAAGCACGAAAAUAUCACUGCGCCCGCUGAUUCUGUCGACACCUCCCCCUGCCACGCCACCACGCCCAGCGUGGCGGAUCUUGGUUCGCCUCCGAGCGCCUCAGUCAACGAAAAUACCAAACUGGCUUUACGCCGGGCUCCGCCAGACGAAAAUACAACUGCACGGGGUCCGCCACCCUCUGCCGCCUCACCGGCGCGCACGAAAAUAGAGCCCAUAAUGUUGCUGCAGAAUCUGUGUACGGAGGAAUAAAAGGAAAAGCAGAAGAGAGGUUCUGAUUCAGUGUGUUGAUAAGUAUUUCAGACACUUGUUGCUGUGAUGUUUUGGAUUUUACACAAAGUGAAACGCAGCAAAUAUUGAUGUGCAGUGUCCAAAAAGUGCACUGCUACAGCAAGGACAUAUAAUAGUAUGGUACAUAUCCACUAAAUUUGAUGUCUUUGACAUUUAUGUUAGACCACAAAGUUCCAGUGUCUUUGUAAUAAUAAGACCUGUCUAAAAAAAUCAUCUCUGGAUGUCAUCUGGCUCCAAUUUACAGUGCACCAGUCCGUGUUGAGAGGAUCAGAGCUGCAUCAUAAUAAAUAGAUAAUGCAAAAUUGCUCUGCAGUUUUUCAUGACUUAUGUCGCAAAACAUUAUAUACAAUAGAGAAAAGUAAUAGCAAACCUAUCCAAAUCAUUAUUCAUUAUAUUGUCAUAUUAUCAUUAUUAUUACCAUCAUUCAUUAUAAAUUCAAAUGUUGCACUUCGACCGAGAGGUUGCUGCAAGUCUGGUUUCUCUGUAUUAUCUGUAAUUUUUGCUAGAUUUUUUUCAUAUUUUUGUUGUAAUUUUGUUGGCUGCUGAUGGAUACUUCUGCUGGGCGAAGAGUUUACUCAAGAGAAGAGCUCCUUUCAUUGAGGAAAAGAAAAUCUGGACAACAACAUACAAUUCCAGAGGACUUCAGGAGGUGUUAUCGUGGUUGCCGUGCUGGUGCAAAGGUGAAGCCAAAGCUGAAUGCUAGGAGGUGGCAAUAUAAACCCUUUCUUCCAUUAAUCAUCAUGGGAAACGUCAACUCUCUGCCCAACAAAAGUGAUGAGCUGGAGAUAUUGGUGAAGACUGAAGGUCCUUACACACCGGCGAAUUUGCGAAGCGAGAAAAGCGAGACGAAAAUGCGAAUAUUCGCCGGUCCGAAAAAUCGCUUUCGCCUAUACACACACCGGGCGCGAAGCGAAUAUGCGUAUAAAUUUCGCAAAGCGAAUUAAUAAAGUCGCUUUGCGGCACGGAGGAGAGGAGAUGCGGGGUGGUCCUGUACCGCAACUACCAGCCUCUCUCCCAUCGUUGCUCUUGGUGCCAGUGGUGGUGUGUGUCGUGUGAAUGGCUGCUGAUUGACAUGUCUAGCAUUAUGAGCGAGGGAGAAAGAGGAGGAAAAGCUGUGAGAGACGCCGCAGCAGCCAGGAGAGGCGAGGGCUGAGCAGUGAUCCUUCAAGUUGUCUGGUCAUUCUGUUGGCCCUGUGGCUGCAGAUCAUCGGUAUGUCAAACAGCUAAGAGGGAGAAUCAGGCAUGAGGAGGCGGUCACCCUGUGAAGUGUGCAUGACACCUGUCUCCUAAGGUAGACAAGAGAGUGUCAUCUUGUGAGAAAACUACUUCAUUAGUAAUUAGAAAGAGUUUUGGAUGCACCUCAGCUGUCUUUCUCUGCGUUUUCAUAAUCUCAAACGUCUCCCUCUCCUCCAGCCGUAUGGGUCUGUGACGUCAUCAACAACAUGACUUUUGAUUGGCCAGAGGUCUAGCAGGUCCAGAUAUUCGCCUGCGAAUAUCCAAAAAAUUCGACACGAGCGAAAAAAUAAAAGUCGCUUUUCGCCCAGCGGGCAAAUCGCUGCCGGUGUGGAAGCUUGCAUUGACUUUAUGCUGUUUUAAAAAAAGGCGAAUAAUUCGCCUGGCGAAUUCGCGCCUGGCGUGUAAGGACCUUGAGAAAGCAUACAGUGAGUGCAGUUUCCUGUUUUACUCAAACCUGGUUAAAUCAAAACAAUUCGGACUCCAGUGUGGAUCUACCUGGCUUCACUCUCAUAAGGUCAGACAGAGAUGCUCAAGCUAGUAGCAAGAAGAAAGGAGGAGGUUUGGUUUUAUUUGUCAACCAGAGAUGGUGUAACCCUUCACACAUAGCUGUCAAGGAGAAGUUAUGUUGUCCAGAUAUUGAACUGUUGGCAGUUGCUCUUCGGCUAUAUUAUGUUCCAAGAGAAUUUAGUCAUACCAUAACAAUAGUUGUUUACAUUCCACCCAAAUCAACUGAAGAAUGUUACAAUGUUUUGCAAAAUAGUUUUGCCAGGCUACAGACUCCACACCCUGAGGCACUAAUAAUAAUAUCGGGAGACUUCAACCAUGUCACCCUCUCCUCUCCUCUCCUCUCAUACUCAAAGACAAGCUCACAGAGAUGGGAGUUGAUCCUUCCUGUGUUUCCUUGAUCACAGAUUACCUGACAGGAAGACCACAGUUUGUCAGGCUGGGGAACUGUGUUUCUGGGACAUUAAUGAGCAGUACAGGGGCUCCACAAGGGACAGUGCUGGCGCCAUUCCUGUUCACACUGUUCACGUCAGACUUCAAAUACAGCACAGAGUCCUGCCACAUCCAGAAAUACUCAGAUGACACAGCUAUUGUGGCAUGUAUCAGAAAUGGACAAGAAGCUGAAUACAGAGAUCUAAUAAGAGCCUUCAGUGACUGGAGUCACAAAAACUGCCUCCUCCUCAACACCUCAAAGACAAAGGAGAUGGUCAUAGACUUCCGUAGAUCCAAACCCCCUCUUCAGCCAGUGAACACCUGUGGAGUGGACAUCGAAGUGGUGACAUCAUAUAAAUACCUAGGUGUACAUCUGGAUAAUAAGUUGGACUGGUCUAAGAAUCUAGACUUCACCUACAGAAAGGGGCAGAGCCACCUCUUUUGCCUGAGAAGACUCCAAACAAUAGACAUCUGUAGUAAGAUGCUGCAGAUGUUUCAUCAGUCUGUGGUGGCAAGUGUUCUGUUCUACGCUGCAGUCUGCUGGGGAGGAAGCAUCAAACACAAAGAUGUAAGACAUCUGAAUAAACUGGUGAACUCUGUGGUUGGACUCUGUGGUUGGACUCAAGCUGGACUCAGUGGAGGACGUGGUGGAGAGAUCUACACUGAGGAAGGUGGAGACUAUUCUAGAGAACAUGGAUCACCCACUUCACAACACCUUGAUGGACCAAGGGCCAAUGGUAGUGGAGGCUCCUCUCUCUUUGCUGCAGGACAGAACGAUUCAGAAUAUCUUUUGUACCAACAGCCAUCAGGCUUUAUAACUCUUAUGUAAAUAAUAGAUAACUUUUAUAGACAUAUUAUGUGAGACAACAGACAAUUGAAUUUCCCUUCGGGGAUCAAUAAAGUUCUUCUUAUCUUAUCUUCUUAUCUUAAACCGCAUGUUUUGAUACAUAAUUUCCUCUACAACUCUUUAAGCUCUAGGACUAGUGGUGAAUCGAAAUUGUCCAGAAGGGGAAUAAGAAAAAAUCCACAGUAUAACAAUAGUGUCUCCAUGCAUUUGCUCCGUGGCCUAAAAAAAUGGCACACCAGUGAGUAUUGGAAUUGGUGACAUAAUUGCUUCUCUACUUUUCUUACUGCCAAAGGUGUUUUGAGUGCUUUGACACAACAUUGACCCUGAUGAUAGCAGAGGUUUUUUGUUUGUUUAUUUGGAUUCCCAUUAGCUUAAGCAUCAGCUGUAAGCUAUUCCUUCUGGGUUCCACAGUUUACAUUGUGACAAUACAAUUUAUACAAUCAAAAAUCACAGGACACAAACAAAAGACACUACAUCACACAACACCAACAGAACAGACGUUUCAACAAUUACAACUCACUCAAACAAAGUCAAAGACAACAGACAUUACAGUUGCUCCCAAUGAUUCUAAGGAAUAAAAAAAAGCAAGCCAAUAUAAUCAACAAGGUAUCUCUAAUGAGCAUAAUCAGUAUCGGCUAUAAAAAUCUCUUGGAAGAUAAUAUCUUUGAAGAGAUUUUUUUAAAAACUAUAAAAAGUGUUCUGACGUUUGAUUUCAUUUAGGAGCAAGUUACAUUCCUUCAUUGCUCGGUAUGUUACUGAGCGCUGAGCUGAUGAGGUCUUUACUCUAGGCAGAACAAAACAACCUCUAACAACAUGCCUGAUAGAGUAAUAAUGUACAUCUGUACUAAAGGAGAGCUUCUCAUAUAAAUUUAAAGGGGUUUUAGUUGUUAUGACAUUCUAUACGAAGAUCAUCUUUUCAUAAAAUAAUCAUAUGAUUCAAACCACGAGGGACUGUCAUGCAUUUUACUAACAUUAGACCUGUACCUGCAUGACAGAGCCACAUGUGCAGCCUUAUUAUGGACCAGUUGCAGUUUCUUAAUGUUACUGAUGGAAAUGCUUGACCAGACGACAGAGCACUAAUCCAGAUGAGAAAAAACAAAACAAAAACAAAAACAAAAAAACAAAGCCUGAAUUACUUGUUGAACUGUUUUUUGGUGAAAAGUACUUGGCACAACUUUUUAAUAACAGAGAAAGUAUUUACCAUCUUAACCACUAGUUUUUGCACCUGCUUGUCCUGGGACAGUCUCUGGUCUAUAUUAACAUCUUGAAGUUUGGUAUGAUCAACCUGAUUAAAUAAUGUCUGAUUGAUCCUGAGCUCAAGCUUUAAUUUAGAACAUAAACUUUAAGUAUUUCCAACACUCAGCUAGUUGGUUUGGGUACAUUUACUACAAGUUCAAUGUUGCUGAUCCAGUCUACCACUGACUAGAGCUCUCUCUCUAAAUUAACAUUUAAUUGAUCAAUAUUAUUAUCUGAUACAUAUAUGGUUGAAUCAUCAGCACACAUUGAUAUAGUUGCCUUACCUAGAACAGAGUUGCUGCUCCAAGUUUCCAACCACCCAUCAGCACUGAUCACUUAAACACACUCACUUUUCUAUGCCUAUGCCUCUGGGUGCAACUUAAUGCCCUGUCCUAGGAAACUUUGACAUGUAGACAAUGUGGAGAUUGAAUGGCUAACCUUUUUAAUAAGAAAUGACCCGUUAUACCAUGUAGCCAUAGCUGCCCUACUCAAUAGGUACAUGGUACAUCAUCUGUGAUUAACAACAAAAAUAGCAAACCAGUGAAUUUGCAUUUUUUUAAAAGAGCAUUGUUCAAACUACUGCUGCUCCGGCUCAUUUUUUUGUUGUUGUUUGAAUAAAUACUUGAAAAAGGAAUGUUUGUUGUAGGUGUGUUCCUUGUUUACAAUAUCACAAUGCUACAAGUAUUAAUGAUUUGAAAUCUCAGAAGAAUCUCAUCAUAAUGUACACACCCUGGCAGUUUCCCCCGUGGCCCUUUCAGAAGUUGCCUGAGGGAAUUUUCUGGUUCAUAUAAUGCUUCAACUAUGAACAGCAAUGACUGAGCAUGUCAUCAAUAUUUACUGAAGAGCAAAAUUGUUCAGGGUAGUCAUGUGAGCUGCCCUCGAUGCUUUGUGGAGAGCAAUGGAUUGGUACUUUGCGGAAGACAAUGGGCAAGAAGAAUGUGUGGCUCUCUGAUGUGAACAACAGAAGUGGAAGCAAUUACUUUACAAGUGACUAUAAUUACAUGUCUUUUUAUUUUCGUCCUUCUGCAGGUUUGGCAGUUCACCAGAUAAUCACAAUCACUGUGUCUCUCAUUAUGGUUAUUGCAGCCUUGAUCACAACACUGGUCCUUAAAAACUGGUAGGAAAGAUUCCUUUACUCAUUUUGACAUCAAUAUUUAAAGACUAAAGGUACAAGGUAUGAUUUUAUGUUUGUUUCUUCUCUUUGGUGCGUGUUUUUGUAGCUGUGCACAGUCAGGAAAUGGCCGCCACAAUAGCCAUCAGCGCAAGAUCCACCAGCAGGAAGAAAGUUGCCAAAACCUGACCGACUUCACCCCUGCUCGGGUUCCCAGCAAGGUGGACAUAUUCACUGCCUACAAUGAAAGCCUACAGUGCUCACAUGAGUGCGUUCGGACUGCUGUACCGAUUUACACUGAUGAGAUGAUUCAGCAGACGCCUGUGUACAAAACUGCUUACAAUGGAAACAGGUAAGCUAGCUCAAGGACUAAUCGCUCUUUAUUAAAGGGCUCAGUCAGCCAGCACUGAUAAUUCAAAGAUCCUUUUCUACAGCGUUUCAACUACAGUUAGUAUUACUGACAUGCUAACAGUCUAAUGGCUUAAAUCUCAUGAAAUCCAAAAUGGAAUGACACAGACAGAUCAAUUUAAAUUGGAUUAAGAGAUCCCACUGUCUACAUCUUUAUUAUGAUGGUUUAAUAAGGAUAAAUGUGCCAACCUGACCAUGUUAAAAAUAGAUAAAUAUAAAACAUAACAAUUUUGAAAAGGGCAAACAUACAGUAUAUGGAGAUUAUCCUGGAAUUCUUCCCAUUAUUCAUUUUACUGAUAUUCUUUUAUAUUGAUUAGGUUGUUCAAGUUUUUACUUCACAAUACAGGAAAAGUAACCAUUGAUGGUAUAGAUACCAUAUUUCAGUGUCGUAGAAAUAAAGAGGUCAUUUUUAAGAAAUAAAACGUGUGGAAGAAUUCCACACGUGUGGAAUUCAAAGUCCUAAAAAAACCCUCGUAUAUCCUUGAGGUACUGUUUUCUCUAUGUAUAAAACAGCCUUCCAUGGUCUCCUUCCAUGUUUGUUGGGAGAUUACUUACUUUGAUAAUAAAUUAUUCUCUACCAUCACAAAUAAAAACAAACAAACAAAAACAACAACAGAAGAGCCUACUUUAAUUUCCUAUAUCUUUACAGGCCCUCCCCCUCUGAAAGACAGCUGAUUCCUGUGGCCUUUGUGUCGGAGAAAUGGUUUGAGAUAUCAUGUUGACAAGCUGAAGGACUUGAUCACUUCUUGUGAGUGGAGGAGACUUCCUCUUUUCACCUUCUGGUGGGUACUGUUUGUUCGCUAGUUUGUUGUCUUACAAAUCUCCAUGUGAGCCUUAGCCACCUGCCCUAUUUAGGAAAUAGCAGAAAACCGGACAUAUUGUUUAGAAUCUUUUUUAGCAGUGGCACGCAAGACUUUAUUCAUAUUCCUGAACACACUGCAUCUGAAAAGUGUGAAACUUGAACAAAAGGUCUGGCCCUAAUGUUGUCGCUGGACACCUAUAGGGAAGCUGUUGACCCAGAUCUGAGGAGGAACACAUUUCCUGUAGGAAGUGCAGUGAGAGGAUAGUUAUCUGGACAGACAUUAGUCUCAGUAAUCUCUAUGCUGCAUGCUCCCAACAUGACCUGCGUAUAACAGCAGGACUAAACACAGAAGCCCUGGGCUGAAUAUUUUCCCAGGCAAGGAGCCAGAUAGUAAUUUCCUAAACAUAAGUAAAAGCGGCCAGGUUUCAGAAACUAGUAAUUUAGCUUUUUUUCUCCACAUCUCCACAGGAUCCUGUUGGAAACAAGAACAACAGAAAACAACGUCUUUUGUAAAAUAGUUUGAUCACUCUUUGGACACUCUGGUUGAGAUAUUUAUUUUUUUAGAGAUGACAAGCAGAGCAGCCACAUUGCUGCCAUUCCAUAUUUCCAGGAACGUACAGUCAUUUAGUUAAAGAUUAUAUGUUGGUAUAUUUACCAGACGUGGGAGACAAAACUGUGGACUUCAAGUACGUCUCAAGAAAAACACUUGACAUUCGAAAAAAAAGAAUCCACGGAGAUGCUGUGGGUGGAAGAUGAACUGUAUUUCUGAACAAUGUGCCAAUAAUGCCACUAUGUGCCACAACAUGGAUAGCAGGAAGAUACAACCACAACUUAUGGACUUAAUGAGUGCUAUAUGAACCCUGUAUCAACUUCAACUACAUAUUUUUUUGUUUGUUUUCUAAGAAAUGUGAAAGAUAAAAAUGUGACAAAUUUAUUGGAAUAUCUUUUGAAAUAGUUUCAAGAAAUAUGUUGUAAUAGAGUGUAAAAGAUAUUUAUAUCAAGCACUAUUCUCUGUGUUGGGGAAGAUGGAAAAAAGAAACGGUAUAUGCUUUAUUGAAUCAUUGAUUAAAAAACUUUCUAUGGGUCCCAUUUUAAAAACAAAAUAGUUAUGUCUAUUUUUUUAAACAAAAGUCUAACACAGACUAAGAGUUAGGGUCCAAAGCACUAAGGAUCCAGUACUGUUAAAGCUAGGGUAGGCAAGUUAUUGGAGGAGCACUUUCUGAUGCUGUUGUGAAAUACAUCCCAACAAUAAUCAAUCAACUGAAAAGCCAGCAGAUGAGUAUCCUAACCUUACUUACAUUUCCCAUUCAUGUGCAUGCCCUCUAUUCAAAGUGUCUCAAAGCUGAAACUUGACAGCUUAAGUCACAGAGGAGUGGAGGCAUGAAACAAGUUGGAUGAUUAAUUUUGGUUUACAUUGCUCACUUGAGCAGUUCCUACACCAUGGAACCUCUUGCCUGUAAUUUGAGCAUGCAUGUUGACAGGCUAGAGCAGCUAUGCAGAUUGCCUAAAUGGGCUGCUGGACACAGCUCACUGUUGCUGCAGUAUAGUGCCUGAAGAGAUUCAGUGAUUUGCUUAUUAUACCUCAAAUAAGUCUGUUCAAAAAAGACUAAAAUAUCAGUGAAGAGACAAAUUAAAAUGUCACAGACAUGAAGAAAAACUCAAAACUGCAUGUAUCCGUUUUAGAUUAAUGUCGAUACAGAGGUAAUGAACACUUAGCUAACAUGAAACAUUCGAUAAUGGCAGGCAAUAAGUACAAGUAAACUCAACGUCAAGAGAGAGAGCCCCAGAGACCACAGCUUGGAAGCAGUAUUGAAACUAACUUGCUACUGCUGUGGCCCCACAAGUUCUGGCACUCCACAAGUGUGCAAUGUGUCUCAUGCAUUAGGGCUGACAACAGUCAUCACUCUCUCAUAGUCCUGAUUCCUAACAGUAUUUAGGCAUUUGACCCAAAUUUGUUUGAGAAGGUCCACCCUUGUAUUUUCUGGGGUAGGUGUUUAAUCCUACUUCCAACAGCUUCUCCUAACCUGCCUACCCCAGCUUUAAUUUAAACUCUCAUCCAAGUCCAAAUUACUUGUAAGAAAACCACCUGAAAGUGAAUGGUGCCAAGCCAAUUCAUGGGCACUCACUCAAGCUACUUGUUGUUAUUAUUAUUUGUAGUAGUAGGAGUAAGGAUUCGCACCUGAUUCACUAAAUGGAAUAAUGAACAAAAGGUUACCGUAGCGCGUCAUGCUUAGACUGAGUAAGGGCAAACUGCAUGAAGCUGGACAGGACAUUUACACUGCCUCAGGUCUGUCUAGCUCGAGCUGUUUUGGGAACAUGGUUAUGGUGGAUUUUGACCCAAGCUUGGGCACUAAAGAGUUGGAAAUGAUUCAGUAUAAACUACAAAUGAUGCCUGUGAUAAUUUGACUUAAAACAAUUUAAAAAAUAAAGAGGAAAAGACAUUUCCUUGCUUACUUUUGAUAAACCAUUUUGAAACCCAUAUGUCCCUCAUGACAAAAAGAACAUGUAAAGGUUUGUUGUGUGUCCUGAAGAUAUAAAAGAAGAAAUACGUGUUAGUGAGGUACUGCAAUAGGGUUUCCUUCAUUAUUUUAGUGUGUUUUAGUUCAAAAUGCAAGCAGGUAAGAAUUCUAUGAUCAAAUGUCUAUCGAGAGUUAGCUAGCUCUGUGAAGGGCCAGAUCUUCUCAGUACUUGAGGACAAUAUCACUAGCAUAUCAGACUUUCAGCUCUCACAGCCAGGAAGUUGGCAGUUGUGCACAAUCAGUUAUUUGAACAGUGCCGACAAAGGCAGAGAGGAAAUACAGUACAGGCUUGGGAGAAAGGCUUGAAAUUCUUUCUUUUAAAACCCUGAAACAAUCAUGUAAACACAUUAGGUAGGGCCAAAUUGUAUGGAGGUAUCUCUCAAUAUGGUCAGGGACACUAAAGCUUAGCAAAGAGAAUUCUAGCAUUGAUAACUUUACUCUCAACCUCAAGCUCUGGAGGCCAGAUUACCUUUGUGCUAUUUAGCUUUUGAGAAAACUGCCUAUAAAUCUACCUUUUAUUGUGCUGUGGGUUUAUACAAAGCACAAGUCAACUCUGUAAUUGUAAAUGUUUCUGGCUGCAGACAGCAAUAUGUAUAGAUUGAAGGUGUGUUUUAUCGGGUGUCACAAGUGGUAUUUGGCUUACAGAUGCUUUUGGACUCACUAACAUAGAAGGAUCUUAAAAAACAGGUUGUCCCAAUGAGAUCAUUAGCUAUACAUGUGAGCCAUUCUGGAGGUGUCCAACUAAGGGUUAUACACAGUGGUGCAAAACUUCUGAUUUUGCCCCUUCAAAACAGGAAAACCACUCUCAUGAAUGACCUGUACCAAUUCAGCCUCACGUGUGUCGGGCUGUAGAGUUGCUUCUUUGAAACAUAUAUAUUUUUUUGAAAGAAGAGUGUUAUCUUACUAGUCAGAGGGUGAUGAAAACUUGCUGUAUAUUAUACACAUGUAAAUGUAUUUUCUAUAUAUUUGCUUCUAUUUGUGUACAGGUGUGUUUUUCAAGACCUCUCCACUUUUGGAAGGUUCAACUAGGUUGGGAAUAGUGUCUUUGUUUACAUGUGUACAACUGUAUUUCUUUUAAAACACAAAAUAUACCUUGUGCCAAGCUUCCUACCUGCACUUUCAAGCAGUACUUGUAUUAUAUAUUCAGCUAACCAGUAUAAUACUUCAGUAGAUGCUACAGUAGCUCAGCUUAAAGACUGGAGAGUGGUUAUCAGGGAAAGUGUCUGAAAGUAACUUGGUGCUGAGUGGUACAGAGAAAUGCUAGGAUCACAUCUUUGAUUCUACUGUAUUCACAGUUAAUGUGGAAAAGAAUAAUUAUCUCUUCAUAAACAUAAUUUUUUACAUGUAUUUAAUGAACAAUUUUUCAUCCCUAAAAUAAAAAAGACGGUAGAGGCCAUGAACAAAGAGGAUUUACUUCCACAAUCUGAGGUUUUCCUUCAAUUUGUGUCUCAAAGGCAGUAAUAGUUCAGUAUGCUAAGUCUGGGGCCUUGGGCUUUCAGUUCAGCCAAAGCUUCUUGUGUUUCUGCAAAGACUCUUUGGAUUAGUCAGGUUGAAAAAACUCAAACUGUGUUAUUCAUGUGAUGCCCUGGCUUUAAAGUAAACUUUGAACUGACCAGCAUCCAUGAGGAGCUGUAGAGCUCUUGGUACUCGAGUUAGCUCUCUUUACUCUUUCUGGGGCUGCCCAUACACAUAUCUGUUUUCCUGCAUUCAGUCAUUGGCAAAAGCCUCUGAACCUGGAGAGCUAAUGCCCUCCAUAUGAUAGUGAUAACAGCUAGAGAUCAAUCUGUUUUUACUAUAGUGGGCCCCCCAUGCUUAACAACAGCAAUAAUGACCACUUAAACAGACAGCUGAUUAUUGUGCAAGUACUUGGCUUCAACAGAAGGAAAGUGAUAUCCAACUCUCCUUGUUCAACCUCCAAACACAUUCUGUUGUAUCAAGUCUUCAAGUUCAACUGUAGCUUCCAAGAAAGUGACUACACUCUAUCUAGACUGGUCAUUCUUUUUCAUUUUUUCAUUUUGUAUUUGUAAUUGCAUUUUUAUUUAUUACCCUUUGGCCCCAGGAAAUGGGUUUUACAACACUAUACAGUGACAGUGGCUACUUGCUAUUUGAUAGUAGCAUUUGUCAGUAUGAAUCAAGGAGAGGAUGCCAGGAAAAAAUGCGCAGCCAAGAUGGUAAAAUACAUUUUAUUGCUCUGUAUUGUGUAUUUGUACUGAAUAAUAUUAGUUGCCCAAUUUUAUGCAACCACUAAAUUGACCUGGUUCAAAAAUUAAGAUAUACAAAGGUUUAAUUAAGGCAAUUACAGAUUUUUUUUUAUACCCAAGACAAUAGACAAUGAUUCCUCUUGACUUGUCCAUAUCCACUCAGAAACUUUCUACCAGUAAAGGCAGAAGAAACAGGGGGAAGGGGGUUAAAAAAAAGAGUCUUCAUCUGAGACCAAAGACUUCAUAUGCCUUUUUCCACAAUGAAAAGUGUCUCCUCAGAAGCCCUCUUUAGCACAAAUAAACUACUGAUUAUUUUUCUGUCAGUAACAAGGUAUAUAUAUAUAUAUAGAUAUAUAUAUAUAUAUAUGAUCAACUCAUUUGCAGGGGAAAUUAUGAGUACGUUGACCCUGGUUAUUCGUGGACUUAUUGUAUCUGAUCGGAACGUAGUUACAGCUGAAUGCUGACAUCUCAAAAGAUAUCUCAAAGUUUGGUCUGUUGCUCAUAUAGCAAGAUAAGACUCAGCACUAAGCAGACACUUAAUUUUGGAAUGUAAAGUGAAAGUCAGAUGACAGGACCAUGAACGGCAAAUGACACAUAAACAGAUAAGAAUCCUACUGAAUACAUUUUUAACUGUCAGAAAUCUGUAGCUCUUCAUUUUAUUUCUCCUCAUUGUUUCACAAAAUCACAUACUGUGCGCUUACUGUAUCUAAACGGGGGGGGGGGGGUUCUCCUCUUGGGUCAUGUUUUUACUUUUCUAUGUACAAGAGCUAAGGCACUGUCACUUGGUGCUCAUUCAUGAAGUGAAAGACUUGAAAAAAACAUGAAAAGAAAAACAACUCCUUGUUAGUAACACUUCAAUCCCCCUAUGGUACCUUUGCUCAUUGCAGACUAACUGCAUGACCCAAAAUUGUUGACAUUUGAUUUACAUAAAGGGCCUGACACUGUGCAAUGUCUUCAGAAGAAUGUGUAGGCCCUAAAUGACUGACAUAACAAUGACAGAGGGGAAAUUAGCAGACUGUUUUUCUUGUGGUUGCUUGUUUUCUGAGAGCUGAUCAAGUCAGAGUGGACAGUGGCGUUAAUAAAAUAAAUCAUUAACAUGUUUAAUGGGAUGUUUCUUUAGAUUUUGGUUGGGGGUAGAUGUUUCUGUCUCUCUUUUUUUUUUUUCUUGAGUUUUUGGGUGGUGGUGCUUGUGUGUGUGUUGGGGUGGGGGAUCACAUCUGGGCAUGCUCAGUGAAGCUGACUUACAAUCACAAUUCAUACCUACCAUAAAGGAACCUGACUCGAGUUGUGUUGUCGCCAUAAAAAUGAAGAGUUUGUACUUUGUGACUCUUAAACUUUUUAUAUUUGUGUUUAAUAUAUCAAUGAGUACCUCUGUUAACUUUUGUAUAAAACCUAUGAUGAUAGUAUAUACAGACACAAUGACACACAUGCACACACUCACAUACAACUACACAAAGGGACUCCAGUCUGUCUCUGUGACAGCUAAGUGUUGUAUAACUUUUUUUGUGUCUUAUGAACCACAUCUCUUCCUUUUGUAGUUAUUGGUAAUGUUUCGAUUUCAGGUAACUUUGAUUUAGUUACUCUUGUAUUACUAAGCUCUGUAUUUGCAAGCACUGUAAAUGCGAUUCUCAUUGAAUUCGUCCUCUGUACAUUUAGUACUCUGAUGUUGCUAUUAAUAAAAUGUAAAACAACAUGGG